CAUCAUGGGAGUUUGCGGCCUCCGGGGAAUCAUGGGAGUUGUAGGAAAACGCCAAGGAGCGUCUCCCUAUAUCAUGGCCGCCUUACGUCCGAGGUAACGUACUUUGUUCUUUCGACAGGGUCGCGGUGCGUCUCUCCCCUUUCCCCGCUUUGCCCAGGCAGCCUUGGCUGCCCUUGUAUUUCCGUCGUCUUGUCAGGAAAGUGGCUCUCAGGCCCACUGGGCAGCGCAGGAGUGUAUAUAUUAUUUUUUGUGUGGGGUGGUGAGGGUAACUUUAAAACCGAAAACUUUUUAUUUUUUAUUUCCACUUGUUGCUGCUGCUGCUGCUGCUGCUGCUCUUUCCCCAGCCUCCUGGAAAAGGGUUAUGUCUCUUCUCCCCUAGCGAGAAAAGGAUGUCACUUUGAUAAUAAGCUGAAGUGAAAAGGCGGAAAACAAAUAAUCCAAUAAUUUCACGCCAUCUCUUUUUUUUUUAAUUUUUAAUCUUAAAAGCAGCUGAUCUGCCCUACUGCCUUUUCUUUCACUUCGAGUUCCUGGGGCGCGUGUGGAAAUAAUAAUAAUCACAAUCUUAUUAGCGAUGAAAUCACUUCGAUUGUGUUUUAACUCUCCCAAAGUGGGUCGGGGAUGCGAUGCCUUUUAUUUAUAACUCCCGUGGGAGAGCAUCCAGUAGGUUGUGUAACAGGCGCAGCUGAGGAGGGUGGGAAAAUAAAAAUAAAGUGUUUUUCGUGUCUCGUUCAGAUCUGUCAUAGGAAACAGUAAACAAAGAGUGUGGGGCAGGGAGAGGUGCUUUUUUUGGUUUGGUUUUGUUUUUUUGGCAGGGCAAACGAGAAGAUGCAAAUGAAAAGCAUUCUCUGGCAGCCUGCCCACCCUGCUCCCUAGGCUUAUAAAAUACUCAGAAUCAGCUGCUCAUCCCUUUCUGUUGUGGGCUAACAGGCCCAAACCACAAUUGGGGCAAUAACCGAAAUGUCCAAAAAAUAAUAAUUAGCGAGUAAGGCUGUCCACUUCUCCCGAACUGCCCCUCAGCGCAGGCUGGAUGGUAAUAUAUCAACAGUAGAGGAACGACAACAGCAAACAAAAUGGGCUAAUAAUAAUAGUAAUAAUUUUAUUAUUUAUACCCCGCCCAUCUGGCUGGGUUUCAUGUUGAUCCUGUGCACGUGCUUAACUCAGAAGUACGUCAAGAAGCUAAGUCGAGAUUCCUCCAUUGCAGGGGGUGGGGGGGGACUAGAUGUCCCUCAGGAUCCCCUUGCAACUCUGCGAUUCCAUGAUUCUAAGCUUCACAGGUCCCAAAUGGCAACUGUUCCCACAAGAUUUCUCCCGUCGCUCACUGUCUCAGCAACCCCAAUCUCAUUUCCUUCCCAGCUGUUUGUGUCGCACAUUAAUUUCGUGAAGACAGCCACUUCAGAAACAAAAGUUCUCCUUUCUUCCCCCGUGUAUUUGAUUAUUGUUACACUUAUCUUCUACGUUUUGUUCAUGGAGUUUGGGCAUAUGAUCCUCCCUUUAUUCUUAACAAUAACCCUGUGAGGAGGGUUAGGCUGAGAGACAGGGGCUAUAAACCCAACCUGGUUAGCUUCGUAACUGAGUGGGGAUUUGGGUCUGGUCCAAGUCCUGUGCUCUAACCAUAACAUCACACUGACUCUGUCUCGCUGUCAUUCUGUUUCUUAGCAGCUGUAUACUUUUAACUCCUAGUCACUGUAUUAUUUACUCUUUGGAGAAGUGCCCAAAAGUAGCAACUUGUUUAUUUCCACUUGAAUCUCUUCAUUUCAAAGGAAAUUAGCUUUGAUUUUUGCAAUUAAUUUGUUAGAAAGGACUUGGGGGAAGCUGCUGGUGAGUCUAAAAAUGUGUUCCACCUUGUUAGAUUUUAAAAAUGCUGACAUGUAAACAUUCAGCGGCCUACUAAUCCUGCCGGCCUAGUUUCUGCCAGAUGACAGGGUGUUGCUAGCCUCUGCCAAAACAGUGAAGUUAUUGUAUAACUCCAUGUAUACCGUUCUUAUGAUUCACGUCUGAAAUACAGGUAUAAUAAUUCCCUUCUGGAAUUGUAUCACCUGUUUGCUAUGCAGUUUGCGUUCUUUUUUAAAAAAAAAUCAAAAAUCCCCAGCUAACUGCCUUUUAUAUGUAGCUGAAUUUUGCUACAUACCGAAGAUGCAAAAGUGACCUUAUUCCUAUCUAUCUGAGCAGUGCAUAUAAGGUCUUGAUGCUGGGUUCAAGAUGUUAUCGCUCCUCUCGGUUUCAGGCUUUCCAUUGUUACAGAUGAAACAUCCCAUUUCCCAGGCUUCAAAAGUGAGCAGGGCUAAUGGUGGUAUAGAAGACAUGACCCAGUUGGGUGCAUUUUUUAGGUUCAAGACAAUUUCUCAGCAGAGGGGAUGGAAUAAAAAUGUUGCUAAUGUAUCAAAGGUUUAACAGUCAGGAGUUUAUUCUCUCCUUAAACUAAAAAACGGUGCACCCUUCAGUAAAAAUGAGUCAGAUCCCCAUCUAGAGAUACCAUAAAAACACAUUUUGUUGGUGAUUUUGGAGGAAGCCAAGAAGUGGUUGAGAAUUUAACAAAGCUCUUUUUCCUGAGGAAAGUGAUCACAGCAAGAUAAAGUACCAGAAGCAUAUCUUAAAAUUACAUUUCAAGCACGUUUCAACUAGUUACUAUAUUGUGGUUGAAAUAGUGUGAUGUGAAACUCUCUGAGGGCAGUGUUACCCCUCUAUACAAGCAAGCUGUGAACCAUGUGCCUUAAAGAAAGGGGUUUUGAGAUUUAUUUUGUUCAUGAACUAGGCUGUGUUUUCAUCUGCUACUUACACUGCCUGCUUAUGAUUUAGAUUUUUUUUUAAAUUACAUUUUGCUUGAUUGUCUUUAAUUGCAUUUAGGUUUAUGACAACUUUGCUGGAUGUAGGUUACUGUCACCACAUUUUACAAGUGGGGGGCUAAAGCAGAGAACUCCCCAAGAAACUUCAUAGGGGAAGUGUCAGGCAGUCUCUAUGCAUCAAUGAAUACAGGUACCACGUUUAUGCUGGGUGCUGCAAAAUAAAUAGAUUGGCCUUUCCUCGCUCAGGGCUGUUGCCCUGAAGUAAGUGAGGGAAACAGUGGCCCUGAGUGACUUCCAGGCAGCAGCCCCAGGAGCGCACGUGAAUCACUUCCUCUCUCCUUCCCAUGUGCUCUCCUUUUUAAAGUGGGGCGCUCCCACAUCUCCCCCACCAUCUUAAGAGUAACUGUGAUUCUGUAGUAAGAGUUGGGGGAGAGAUGCAUUUAAACCUUGCUUCUGGCAGAUGGUGUUGUUUCUUCUAUCUGCCACUUGUCUAAGGUCAGUUACACAGUGUUAGAAGCUGAGAUAUGAAAGCUAGGAGCUAAAUGGCAGCUGAAACCGAGGUUACGGGUGCAACAAGAGACUGUCUAGGCACAUUUUUUUAUAACAAGAAUACAAAGCUGAAAAUGAAUGAAUGCAGCUAAAAUAUUAUGUUCAUUUUUCACAUGGUCUAGUCCUUCGCCUGUUCACCCCCCUAAUAUUCUUCUCCAGUCUUUAGCUGGAAGUGGGGAGGCAGAAAAGGGUCCUCCUUUCCUUCCACUCUGCAGUUUUACUCUGAAAUCUUAGGUGCAGUACUGCGCCCAGAGCUCUGAAACUGCUCACCUUAAUGAAAUUCCCUGUUGCAAAAUGUGCCUAGAACAAUGGAAGUUUCGAGCACUGCAUAUGUCUUAUCAAUGUGAACCGCCCUGAAAUCUGAGGGUAUAGGGUGGUACAUAAAUUUUAACAACAACAAUCAAUGGCCUCUGGCAGUAUUUUUAUUUUAUUAUUUAUUAAACUUAGUGGUUGCUGGGAUGGUGGUCCAUAUCGUCUGAAACACCUAUUUACAGUUGUUGGCAUUGAUUUAUAGUUUUAAACAAAAAGUGCAAAGUUCUAAUUUUAAUCUGGCAGCUCCUGAUGUGGCUAUAACAUUGCAUGACUUAUCAUACUUCUGACUACUACCGCUGCUCGCCAUAUGAGCAGUCACCUGACUACUGUGGCCUUUUUUAUUGUGUCGCAGGUGAUGAACCUCACCUCUAGUGGAUCACUGACUUUGGGAGCCCCCUGUAAAACCCAAUUUUUCCAUUAUGAAUGCAACCACUUUGAACACAUCGAAGGCACAUUCCAGGGAGUAUGGGGUGGGGCACUGAAAACUACCAUCGAAUCUAAAAGUGAAUGAGCUAUGAGUUGUUUCUCUUUUGACAUUCACUUCUGUGCAAUGACUCAAUUUAGAUUUCCACUGAAUGAACAGAGAAGGAAGAAAAUUGUUGCACCGAUAAGAAAAAAUAAAGGUAUUGUUGAUGAUCCAUAUGAGGGCACUACCUUUAUUAGACCAACAAAAAUGUUAAAAACUAUAGUGCAGUAAUCAUGAUUUAAAAAUCAGAAAUACCAUAAUAGCUGCCUGUAGCAGAAUUUGUAAAUAUGAAAUCUUUCUCUUCCCUUCCCUUGCAGAUGCUGCAAUGACAACUAAUUGCUGCUAACCAAACGUCCACCAACCAUACAAAUUUUGCCCUCUUUGCAUAGCUGGCUGAGGAGUCGAGUGGUGCACCUUUGCUUUCAGCAAUGGCCAGAAGUGGUGAAGAAAGUCAGCUGCAGAGGAUUAUUCGGGAUUUGCAGGGUAAAAUACUGCCUGGGUGUGAUUGACUCAUUCAUUGUAUCGUGAUGUGAAUUUCUGCUUCUGUGGGAAAGAGAGAGACAGGAAUGUUGUUGUGUUGGGAGAGAGGCUACAAGAAACAGAGGGCAAGAACAGUUGUUAAAUGAAUUGAUUUAUAGACAGCUACACAGCAUAAAGCAAUUGAAGUGGGGUAAAUGAUAAAAGCAGAAUAAAACAUAGAAUCAUGUGAAAUUGCUUGCCAUUCAAAUUGGCUAUUUUCUCCAGGCUACCACAAAUGCUCCAUUUCUUCCACCCUGGUUUUUUUUUUAAGUGUAGAGACAAUUUGCACAGGGAGCUACUGCGCUCAGGUUUCAGCAGCCUGUGUGUGGUAUCCAAAACGUUGCCAUUUUUGUUAACUGCCUUGAGGCAUGUGCAAAAGACAGAAUAUGCAUCUCUGAAAUAACAAAUAACCCUGCCGAUGAUGUCUCAGGUGGCCCGUUUCAGACCUGCUGAAGGGAAUAUUUCAACGGGAACUUCUCACGCUCCCUGUUCAGCGUUAUAGCCUUAAACCAGAGCAUAGGGAAAGUUACUUCUUAAAAUGUAGGUACAAUGUGAUCUAGGUGAAAUCAGUGGCUGUGUUUGGACAUCGUAAGUUAUCACAAGGGGAAUGAACCAGAAUGAAACUUGGGUUUGUGUCCUCACUCACUUUUCCUGUCCCAUGGCUGGAAGGAGUUUGGAAAUGUCAAUUUCUGCUUUUGGUUAGCUACAGCUUUGUUUGUCAUCUGAACCAGGAGCUGUGGUUAAAUACUUCUUUCUCCGAACCUUUAUUAGGCAACUCUUGCAAAUCUUGCCAAGUUCACACCAGUAUUGCCCUGACCAAUGUAUUUUUUCCUCCAUUUGUGGCAUUUUAUGUCGCCUGAACUCUUGACCCUGUGUAAGACGCUGUAUGAAACAUAAAAUAUAUUGAUGGACAUAAAAGAGAUUAUCGUUUCAGUUAUUCACAUUGUUCCUGUUUAAAUUCACAAAUGGUGCUUUGUGUUUUUCUCCAAAGAUGCUGUUACAGAACUGAACAAAGAAUUUACAGAAGGAGGAGAACCAAUCACAGAUGACUCUAUCAGUUUGCACAAAUUUUCCUACAAGCUAGAAUACCUUUUGCAAGUAAGUAGUGUUAGCAUUUACAAGCGGACUAUUUCCUGAGAGCUUUCCCUUAAAGUAGCUAAAUGAAGAGGCUGAUAACCAGAAUGCAUAUUAAGAGUUGUUAACCAGGGAACUGGCCAAGGAAAAACUACAUAUUAAAAUGUGUUAAAAGGUCAAAGAGCAUUAUUAUUAUUAUUAUUAUUAUUAUUAUUAUUAUUAUUAUUGGAAUUUUGUGUAACUUGUCUUUGAAAGUGCACCCUUUUGCCUUAGAACCGUAACGGUACAUGUUGCUGUGUGUUCUAAAUCUCAUUCAUUAAAACAGAAUAAUCUACAGGAAUAAGUAUGUAAAAACAAUUCCCUGGGUUCUCUUGUAUUCUGCAGUGACCAACAAAACCCCGCAACCCUCCAGAAUGGGGCUGUGCAAACUGGUGCAGACUCAUUUUGUGUUGUCUUUCAUUGAAUUCUGUGACACAAAUGAACAUCUUACGCUUGUUCAACUAAAACCAGUUCAUGAUGCUUGCCCAUGAUGUUCAAGUCAGGAGAAUGACAUGUAGUUUGGUCAGUGUGCUAAUUUUACUAGUUGCUGAAUCUGGGAUAACCAUUUUUAGGUCUAACAGCUUUGUUGCACUGUUUGUUUCCAUAGUACAGUGGUACCUCGGGUUACAUAUGCUUCAGGUUACAUACGCUUCAGGUUACAGACUCCGCUAACCCAGAAAUAGUACCUCGGGUUAAGAACUUUGCUUCAGGAUGAGAACAGGAAUCAUGCUCCGGUGGCGCGACGGCAGCGGGAGGCCCCAUUAGCUAAAGUGGUGCUUCAGGUUAAGAACAGUUUCAGGUUAAGAACAGACCUCUGGAAUGAAUAAAGUACUUAACCCGAGGUACCACUGUAUUUAUAAACAUACAUUUCAUAUUGGCAGGGUUAGCCUAUGUUAAUUCAUCCAGUGGCUUUUUUGGUCUGUUCAGAAAUCCCAGCGGUUAUUGGUGGGAACACACUUCUCUUUUCUCUGAAUGCUUACAAAGAGAGCAAGCAAUGUUUUGUCAAAUCAUCUGUUUGAAGUUACCCUUUCCCCUUUUCUCUUCCAAAGUUUGACCAGAAAGAAAAGUCCAGCUUACUGGGCAAUCGGAAAGACUACUGGGAUUAUUUCUGCGACUGUCUGGCAAAGGUUAAAGGAGCCAAUGAUGGAAUACGCUUUGUGAAAUCUAUUUCAGAAGUAAGUGAAGUGCAUGGAUCUGUCAUCGGGGCCCAUGCAGCAUAACGUUCUGACAGGCCAGUCUAACUUGGAUGGGUGAUGCUGGAGCAGAAGCUGUAGAUGCCAGUGGUCCUGCUAUCUAGGCUCCCUAAUAUGAAGCCUUCCACCAAUUCCUGAAGAUCCGUCCUUUUGCACAGGAUAUUUCAAUACUUGUGGUAUGGUGCUCUAGGGCUACUAUAUCUCUCUUUUAUAUAUAUAAUUUUUAUUGAAUUUUUGAAAAGAUUUUAUACAUAUAAAACAAAAUGAUCUCCAACAUUAAGAUACAGAGUUCUUUCGAACCCUUAGACCUCCUUCCCUCCCUCCAUGGGUUCCAUCUUUAAGAUUAAAUUUACUGCAUCUUUUACCCUUACCUAUCUAUUAAAGUAAAGGUAAAGGGACCCCUGACCAUUAGGUCCAGUCAUGACCGACUCUGGGGUUGCGGCGCUCAUCUUGCUUUAUUGGCCAAGGGAGCUGGCGCACAGCUUCCGGGUCAUGUGGCCAGCAUGACUAAGUCGCUUCUGGCGAACCAGAGCAGCACACGGAAAUGCCGUUUACCUUCCCGCCGGAGCGGUACCUAUUUAUCUACUUGCACUUUGACGUGCUUUUGAACUGCUAGGUGGGCAAGUGCAGGGACUGAGCAACGGGAGCUCACCCCGUUACGGGCAUUUGAACCACCGACCUUCUGAUCGGCAAGCCCUAGGCUCUGUGGUUUAACCCACAGCACCACCCGCGUCCCUUCUAUCUAUUUAUUAUAUAACCAUAAUUACCAUAAAAUUAAAUUCCACAUUACAAGUGUCUUUACGUCCCUGCCAAAGAUUUUAACUGUUUACAGUGGUCUUUUAAAUAAAUUACCAAUUUACUCCAGUCUUUCGAAAAUACUUGAUCUUCCUGGUUUCGAAUCUUCCCAAUACUUCUUUCAUAGCUGUUAAUAAAAUCAUAUGGGCUGACAACUUUUGAGUUGGGAAAAUGACAAAGACUUAUAUCAACAUAUAUCUUUAAAUGUAAAUAUGGUCUACAUUUUGAUAGUGUGCAACAAAUGUAUCUUCACCCCUCUCCCCUUUAGAUUCCUGACCUUCAUUCAGACUGCAGGCCAGGAAGGGCCAAGUCACAUGAUAGAUUCAUUUUCCUCAUGUGAUCAGUCCUGACAGUGGUAUCUCCCCCUCCCACAUUUGUCCUUCUGAGCAUGUGCCCAAAGAUGUUAAGAAGUGCUCUAAUGAGCAGAUGAUCACGUGACAGCCAGCCCUUGUUGCUCACUUCUUGCAAGCUACAGAAACACAAUGGGUUGUAUGUCUUUCUUCCUCAUAUAUUUUGAUGGGCUGGAUCCUGCUAUUGUACUCCCACCUGCACUGAACUUGCAUCAGGUGCCAGGGUUUGUGGUUCCCCAUCCCGACUCAUAAUGAGCUUCCUUAAGUCAAUAAUAAUGGUUGGAAUUUUCCCGCCCUUUCAAACAGAAUUAACACAAACUAAAGAGCAUUUCUUUAGAAGUGUUCACUGUAGUCCUUGGUUCAAAAGUAAACGUCUCCAAAUAAUAAAGGGCAAUUGGUUCUAGGGAAGCGUCAGGGUUUGCAAAAAUGGAGGGGUGCAACUGACAGUCAACAUACUGGGGGGGAGGUACUUAAUAUUUGUAUAGUGCUAUCUGUGUGCUUGGUGCUCUACAAAAUACCACAGGAGGAGUCCCUGCCCUAACAGUGUAACAGCUCAGUUAUGUGCAAAUUAACAAAUAACCUCAGGUAAGGCCCUGGAAAUCAUUGUUUCAGUUUCAGGUGUUCAAUUGUCCCCUUAUUCUUAUUACCACAAAUAUAAAUUUGGCCCCUAUCAAUGACGCCCAUGAGAUUUUUUCUCCCAGCAGAUAUUCAACAUAAAUUUAAGAUGACCUUCCUCGUCGUUUGGCGAGCCAAGUCAGACAUUUGCUGACAAGCUCUAGCAUAGAAAUUAUAGAACAUACCGUAUUUUUCGUCCCAUAGGACGCUCCGUCCUAUAGGACGCACCUACUUUUUGGGGGGGAAAUAAAGGAAAAAAAAUUUCCUUUAUUUUCCCCCCCAAAACCAGGUCGGGGAACAGUGGGAUGGCGGCGCUGCGCCUCCCCGCUGUCCCCUGAGCUUGUGGGGCUGGCCGAUGUCUGCCUGGCGCGAGGGACGCUCUGCUUCAGGGCACCCCAUGCGCCGGGCGGCAGGCUGCGGACACCUGCGCGAAGCACGGGGCGUCCUCCGGAGGGCGCCCUGUGCUCCGCGCUGCAGGCUGCCGCCCGCAAGCCUUGCGCUCCCGGGGGGACAUCCCCCGGGUUCGCAAGGCUUGCCGACACCUGCGCGAAGCACGGGGCGUCCUCAGGAGGGCGCCCCAUGCCUGCAAGCCUUGCGUGCCCGGGGGAACUCCCCCCGGGUGCGCAAGGCUUGCGGGUAGCUUCGUGGAGCCUGGAGAGCGAGAGGUGCGCACCGACGCCUCUCGCUCUCCAGGCUUCAGCGAAAGCCUGCAUUCGCCCCAUAGGACGCACACCCAUUUCCCCUUCAUUUUUGGAGGGGAAAAAGUGCGUCCUAUAGGGCGAAAAAUACGGUAAAUAAACAUUACACAGAUUCCAUCUGUCUUAGGAAAGGGGAACACCAGCAAAUCUACUGCAAAGCAUUUGAGAUGGCAACACUUUGAAUCUGGCCAGAGUAAAAUGCCAGUGGCUACAUAUAGAUCCUUAAAGUAAGCAGCUAAUUGAAAAGGAGCAUCAUAAGACAGUGGUGUAGCAUGUGUGAGCCAAAAGGUGUUGUAAGGAAACACCCCAGAGGCUUUUAUUUACUGGGGCUAAUGCAGAAUCAAAUCCCAUUUGAAGAAGGGAAUAGGGUUUCGCAGUUCAGUGCAACAAGCUUUUUGAGGCAACAGACUUUGUCUACGGUGGCUAUCCUCAGGUAAAUACUUAGGCAGCCCUGCUACCAUCUUAAAGAUCUUAAGCCAAAGCUUUAAGACUGCUAACCAAGCUCUCAAAAGGGCACUGCCCUGCUUCUAAUGAUAUAACUAGGUAUAUGUAAAGAAACACAAGAAAAAAUAGCUUGGUUGCAUUUUCAAUUUGGUGACGUUCCCUUCUUAGCUCCUUUACGCAGCUGCUAUAUGAGCACUGACAAUGAAUAGCUUCAGGAAUAUACUGACCCCCUUUGGUGUAAAAGAAACAAUGUAGUAGAAUGACUGACUGAAGCUUCCUAAGAAGCAAGGGUGUUAUGUGUAGCCCAAGAAUACCACCCCCAAAUAGUGGAAAUUUUAAUCUAUUCUAUAAUUUAGUGGUUUAACACCCAACUACACUGCGAAAACUUCUUUUAAAAUACUAAAAUCUUUUAUUGUCUAGCUGAUCUUUGGACAAUGGAGCUUGCAAUAAGAUGAAAACUUAAGACAAUAGCUGCCUUAUCCCGGGUCUGGAGUGGAAAGAAUAACAGCAGCAUUGGUAUAAAGUAGAAUACAAGCUUUCCUAUUGCUUGGUUUUGGUCAUUUAAGACAUUUUCAAGUUCAUUUAAGAACAGAUUAAGAAGCCUUGCUUAACUCCCUUUGACAUGAGGAUAUCCUGGGUGAGCUGUCCGUGAUUGCAACAUCUAAUCUGUAAAAGACUUACUAUGCAAACCUUCAUGAGAUAGAAAAGUCUUUUAUCAUCAGCAGGAAUGUUGUCCAGGUUCUGCCAUAGCUUAACCCGAGACGGAACUCGGAAGCUGCCUUUUGAUCCAUAAAGACAGUAAAAAGGACCCCUGCAUAUUUUUCAGCGUGAGAAAACCCAAAAUAAUUAUAUUGAAUUGAGCUGUUCUUUCUAAAUGCCUCUUGAGAGUCAGCAAGUAGAUUCUUGAACUCAAAAAAAUGAGUUCAUCGUACCUAGUAUAUGGUGUCCCGUAAUAGAUAACAAGAUAAUGGAUGUAAAGUUUCCUGGAUCAUUGACUUGGCCAUUUCUGAAGAUGGGUACUAUUGUUGCAUUCUCCUAACUAGAAGAAAUCAUCCCAGAGCUUUGUUUGUAGCAAAAAGGGCAGCCAAUAAUGGUGAUUUAGUUUAAUAAGCUCAACAGGGCUACAAUAUAUCCCUAGAGUCUUCCCAGUCGUAAGCUGAUUUGCUUAUAGAAAUAACUUCUCUUUAUAGUAACAAGGUUCCACUUUGGUAUGCCUGCAAGUACAGCAUCAGAUGCAAGUCCAUCUGGGGCCAUAAAGAUGGGUCUAAAAUGUCCCUCCCAGACCUGUGCCAAAAUAUCAUGGUUUGGAGCUUGAGAUCAAGAGCACAGAGCUUCUGAAACCAGCUGCCAAAAGUUUCUUGAAACAUUCUUGAGAUAAGCAUUUAGAAGCAGUGACUCCGAGUAAAGUUAGCUGUGACAGUUUUGAGCAAAACAGCAAUGCCUUAUAUUCUUCUUUGAGCUGAAAACAACUAGGGGGAGGAUAACUUCAUCUGGAUGCCCUGUAGCAAAUCUUAGUGCCCUUUUCACAAAGCAGCACUCUGCCUCAAACCAUUGGGCACCAUCAGAAUGAUUUAAACCAAAACCCCUACAGGAAGGGUUUAAAUCUAGUAUUCUAACUAGCUCCUGUAUUAGCUCCUCAUUUUCCACAAUAACAACAGGAUAGUAAUUGCUUAGGAAGUAAUAUAAUAUAAAUGAUGUUAAAAGAUAUUACGAGGUCUUAAACGAGGUCUUCUGGCCUGGCAUCAGAUUUGAUGGAGGCCUUUGGCAAGGUAUCUUCCACCCAGCAAUGUUGAUGUGUGUGGCCCUGCUUUUUCAAUAACCUUUAAAGCCCCGUUGCUGAAGCCUAAGGCUGGACUGCUGCAGGUUUCUCUUUUCCUCCAAAUUGCUCUCGGUCUUGCCCCCCCAACAAAGUACCCAUUUGCAAUGCAGUGCUGGGCCCCAGAGAACCACUGGCAGAAACAUCUGGGGAGAAAUAGAGGUGGCUGCUGUAGUUACUGGGCUUGACUCUUCUCAAGGACAGCUGACUGUCCUUAUCUCCCCCCAGCAGGCUUACCUGGCAAUAGGUAGCAAGGACAUUGCAAUGAAUGGGACAUUACAGCAGUUUCGUUAACAGAGGUAAAGGUAAAGGGACCCCUGACCAUUAGGUCCAGUUGUGACUGAUUCUGGGGUUGCGGCACUCAUCUCGCGUUAUUGGCUGAGGGAACAGAGGAGGACCCCCAAAUUGUAGUUCAAGGGAUAGUGAUGUUACAGUUUAAAUGAAGAACAAAAGAUUAUUAAUCUAUUCCAGGAUUCUGCUAUCCAAAACAUCUGGAGGGCACAAGGUUGGCAGUGGCUGCCCUUGAUAGAGCAAGCUUUCAUGAAUUUGCCUACUCUUUCUUUUUUCCUUAUUGAAGGAGAAUUAUCUGCCUUGAACCAUCCAUUCAGUCUCCUGCAGUGCUUUACUUUCUCCAUAUUCUUAUUGACAGCUUCCCACCUUCAUUUAGGCAAGAUUUUUUCCAAACUCAGUGCUUAGGCCUGUAGGUGGCAUUAUACACCCAACCCAUAUUAGUUAGUAGAUUUCUAUUCUGUUCUUCAGGCUUGAAGCCUACCAGAGCUUGUUGUUGUUUAGUCGUUUAGUCGUGUCCGACUCUUCGUGACCCCAUGGACCAGAGCACGCCAGGCACUCCUGUCUUCCACUGCCUCCCGCAGUUUGGUCAGGCUCAUGUUUGUAGCUUCGAAAACACUGUCCAACCAUCUCAUCUUCUGUCAUUCCCUUCUCCUUGUGCCCUCCAUCUUUUCCAACAUCAGGGUCUUUUCCAGGGAGUCUUCUCUUCUCAUGAGGUAGCCAAAGCACUGGAGCCUCAACUUCACGAUCUCUCCUUCCAAUGAGCACUCAGGGCUGAUUUCCUUAAGAAUGGAUACGUUUGAUCUUCUUGCAGUCCAUGGGACUCUCAAGAGUCUCCUCCAGCACCAUAAUUCAAAAGCAUCAAUUCUUCGGUGAUCAGCCUUCUUGAUGGUCCAGCUCUCACUUCCAUACAUCACUACUGGGAAAACCUUGGCUUUAACUAUACGGACCUUUGUUGGCAAGGUGAUGUCUGCUUUUUAAGAUGCUGUCUAGGUUUGCCAUCGCCUUUCUCCCAAGAAGCAGGCGUCUUUUAAUUUCGUGACUGCUGUCACCAUCUGCAGUGAUCAUGGAGCCCAAGAAAGUAAAAUCUCUCACUGCCUCCAUUUCUUCCCCUUCUAUUUGCCAGGAGGUGAUGGGACCAGUGGCCAUGAUCUUCGUUUUUUUGAGAGCUAGGCUACUCUUUUGUUUCAGCUUAAAAGUUCCUCCAUCUUUGCCGUUUGAGAAGGAUAGCAAGAAUAAGUGGCAAGUCUAUGGAGAGUCACCCACAGCCACUUGCUGUUAAUUGAUAGAUUAGAUUACAGGAUGCUUUUAAAGGGGUUUGCGAUAGGUUUACUAAGUCUGCUAGUAAAUCUUUGAUUUCAUUUAUACAAAUAGGACUUGCAAUGUCCAGUAGAUGAAUAUCAUGGUGAAACCACGUUUAGAAGGGUUAAACAUGUUGAGCUAGAGGAGCAUAGUAUUUAGAAGAAUCUAUUAUUAUUAUUAUUAUUAUUAUUAUUAUUAUUAUUACCGUAUUUUUUGCUCUAUAAGACGCACCAGACCAUAAGACGCACCUAGUUUUUGGAGGAGGAAAACAAGAAAAAAAAUAUUCUGAAUUUCAGAAGCCAGAACAACAAGAGGGAUCACUGCACAGCGAUCCCUCUUGCUGUUCUGGCUUCUGGGAUAGCUGCGCAGCCUGCAUUCGCUCCAUAAGAUGCACACACAUUUCCCCUUACUUUUUAGGAGGGAAAAAGUGAGUCUUAUAGAGCAAAAAAUACGGUAAUUUCAUUUCUAUACUACUUUAUAUUUUUAAGGAAAAAAAUCUCAAGAGUGGUUUACAACACAUUCAAACAUCAAAUAAAACAAUCCAAAAUAGAACACUACUGAGGAAAGUCAAAUAUAAAAUAUACAUUCAGAGCAACAUAAUUAACAGGAAACUAAAAAUUUAUCUUAAGAUUUCAAAAUAAAACAUUACGAAGGAGGUCAACUACACGAUGCACAUUUAAUGCAGCAAAAUUUGUAAAAUGCAUGUUUCCAAUACUUCAAAGACCGCCUCUCCCAAAAUGAACCAACCCAAAUUCUGUGAUAAUCAUCUGAGGCCCUUCACUGUUUGCCUCCUCCGUGAGAUGUCCAAAGGGCCAUAAUACAAGAAUGGGCCUUUUCUGUGGUGGCUAGUUGGACUCUUUGUGCUGGCUCCUGCUCCCAUGGCUGUUUAGUUGAAUCUGGCCCAAUAGCUCUUGAAAACCACCCCCAGCUUCACUAGAAUCUCCCACUUCAAUGGCAAAGGGAGAACUGCAUGGAAAUUGGUGUGGGAUAUGACUAAUGUUUCCCCUGACCUUCUUGAGUAAAAUGCAGAGGUGUUUAGACAUGAUCCAUGUGGAGAAUGGCGAAGUGUGAAAGUACUAUGAUUUCUACAGAUAACAUUUUCAUCCAUCUUCUCCAAGAAUGAAGUUGCAGGGGGAGGUGAGAGAGAACCUUUUCAAUAUUCUGAGAAGGCUGAAAUUUCAUUUGAGACCCCAGAGCUUUCUCUUCUCAGUUAGGUUUUGACAAUGUUGAUGUGGCCUAGACUUCAGGCAGUCUCCCCACUUGCUGGCAAAAAAAAUAAGGAACUAGCGUAAGGUUUGUGAUUGUCUAACAACUCCAGCCCUAUCAAUGUAAAACUAGAGAUUACCUUGCUGACUUCUGGUUUUUAAUGCUAAACACUUUUGGGGCAGAAUGUGGCCCCGGCCUGGUGUAACGCUCUCUCACAAGAGACCAGGGCCCUGCGAGAUUUGCCAUCCUUCCACAGGGCCUGCAAGACGGAGCUGUUCCACCAGGCCCUUGGUCAGGGUUCAGUCUGACGCAUUUUCUCUUUGCAGAAGAACAAGCGCAAAGGAGGUUUCCCAGCCCACUCACAGGUCCUUAUAAUAUCAGUGGAAACAGUUGGUCCUGGCGAAUAUUAACCACUUGCAAUUUUAACUUGAGGAUUGUCAUUUGUCCAGUUUUAACUUUAAUUUAUUUGAAUUAAUUUUGGGAUGCAUUUUUAAUUGAUUGAUUGCUUGUUUUUAUGCGUAUUUGUAUUAUUUAUAUUAUGUUAGCCGCUCUGAGCCCGGCUCUGGCCAGGGAGGGCAGGGUACAAAUAAAAUUUUAUUUUUAUUUUUAUUACUGUAUUUUUAUUAUUAUUAUUAUUACUGAUCAUUAUGAAAUAAUAAUCACUUUUUCUGUGAUUGUCUUUUCCAGCUGAGAACAUCCCUUGGUAAGGGCAGGGCAUUUAUCCGUUACUCCUUAGUGCACCAAAGGCUUGCAGACACUUUGCAGCAGUGUUUUAUGAAUACCAAAGUAACAAGGUAAAUGUUGCUGUUGUUUUGUUCAACAACUGUCUCUACUAGCAGCUUUGCAUUCUGCUAAGAAAACCCAGAAGGUGAAAAGAGGAAAUGGGAAUUGCAACGGUGGGAAUGGGAAGUGGUGAACCAUUAACAGGAACCACCAAGUGUGUGGUUUUAAUUGGCCGGUGGCCAGGGACUUUUGAGAAAAUCAUUUGGUUAUCCGUUUUAUUGUAGCAGUGAUUACAGAUGUGAGAAUGACUUAUUCCUCUCAAUGCCUGCUUUAGAAAAGGACAUAAAGUCUUUUUAAAAUGCUACAAACUUUGGAGGCUGUGGCGAUCACACAGGGUCCCCAGACGUUUAACGGUCUAUUGAUCCCUGUGCCGCCACUCUGCUCGCUUCCUCGCUGCCAUCAACCCGUUACUCUCGGGUACACACUGAGUCCAGACAGUUGUUAAAAGUGAACCAAAUAAACAAGUUUAUUUUAUAAACAUUAACAAGUUUAUGGUUUCUCAGAUAAUAUUCCUGUCAGUAUCUUAACUUUAGUUUCUUUACCGGCCUAUACCUUCCUAAUACCUUCUGAUUAUCUCAACUGUCUGACUGACUCCUCUUAUCAAAUUCUCUCACUCUCUCACAUCAGACUAGCCAACCCACAGACUUAUCCUCUCUGUCUCUUCUAACUCUGGACUGUCUUCUCAACCACCCUAACUCUUAACGCUAACUCCUCCCCUUGGGUUCCCAUUGAUUAGUCAUUUUACAAUUAGUUAACCCUUUCCUUAUGAACCCAGUAUGAUGUCACACACCUAGUAGGGCAAAUGCCACAGAGGCCAACACCUAUUAUGUCAGGUGCACGAUGAAGUCAUCAUGAACUAGAUGAAAUUGUCUCUAACAUAACACAAGCCCUUCUGGAUCUGACCCCCUAUCUAGUCCAGGGUUCUGUGUCCCCCAGUGGCCUCUGAUGCUAGAGGGAGUGUACAGCCGUCAUGACAAAUAGGCAUUGAUAGCUUAGACCUUCAUGAAUUUGUCUACCUCCCCACCCUUUAGAGCUAUUUAAGCUGCUGGCCAUCAUCACAACUUGCAAAAGUAAACAAACCUCAUGACGCAAUCCAUUUUAGAACUGUCUCCUGCUUUAAAAAAAAUCUAAGCUUCACUCAACUGAUUAAUUUAUUUAAUUUGCAUACAGAACAAUGUUGUUUAGUCAUUUAGUCAUGUCCGACUCUUCAUGACCCCAUGGACUACAGCACGCCAGGCACUCCUGUCUUCCACUGCCUCCCGCAGUUUGGUCAAACUCAUUCUGGUAGCUUUGAGAACACUGUCCAACCAUCUUGUCCUCUGUCGUCCCCUUCUCCUUGUGCCCUCCAUCUUUCCCAACAUCAGGGUCUUUUCCAGGGAGUCUUCUCUUCUCAUGAGGUGGCCAAAGUAUUGGAGCCUCAGCUUCACGAUCUGUCCUUCCAGGGAGAACUGAGGGCUAAAAGGGGUUUUCCUUUUUUGGUGAUGUAUUGCAGCAAAUGGGCACCAUCUUAUAAGUGACCUUAAGACCAGUUAAGAAUUCAUUUGUUUGUUUUUUAACAUUCUUCCCAGUUUAAAUUGAUGACUCUAACUAGCCAGUUAAUUGACUGAGAGUUGUUAGUUGUUUUCAUAUCGCACAGACUGGGGCAUCUUUUUUGGUGUGAGCGUGUCGUUGGGAGGUAUUUCUUAAUGGGUGGGGGGGGAGUAAAAUUUGCAUCUCGUUUUAAAGAGCUGAUCUUGGGCACAUUCACUGUUACUUUGCAAUGGUGAAAUGUCCUUCAAAACAUCUGUUGCGAUUACAUUUUUAUAGCCCCUAGUAACUAAAGAUGUCAAUACUGAAAAGAAUAUUGAUAUCUCUCAAAUAUUGUUGCGGGAUGCAAGGGGAAAAGACUGUCUUUGCGUUCCCUAAAUGUCACCCAGGGGAAUGAAGUAAACAGAAUGUGUGAAAUAUGUGGGGCGUGCAAGCAAGUGUGUUGCAUACAAUCUAAAUGUCUUCCAUUAAGCCUGUGAUGGGUCCUGGCUUGGUUGAUCUCCUGCCAGCUUCCAGUGUGCAGGAGGCUGACUCGCUGGUGGGAGCCAAUAGAAAGCCCCAAAACACAACAUUCCAAGGAUGGGGUGGGGUUGAGCCAGGCCAGGAUCUGUUGGUCCUGAGGCAGUCUCACUGCUGUUGUGCGAUCCAGGACUGAUCAUACUGCCCCUGCCCCUUCUGCCAUGAGUGCAAGGGUUACGGAUGCAGUCGUGGCCCCUCUGCUCCACAGAGUGGAGGGAGAAGUUAGGAUUUCACCUGAAAUCUCCUCCAUCCUUUUCACUGGGACUUCAUUUCAACUCGUUUUGUAGAAUUGUAUGCUGUGGACUCAUGCAAGGAUUCCCUGUGGAGCAGCUCUUUCAUUUGUGAUAGAACGGCUGCGAUGAAAAUGGAACCACGCAGCAUUUUGGGGAAAUACAUAAUCAACAAUGCAGUAGUCCUGAUAUUCUCUUGCAACUUGUUGACGAUUAUCGAUAUGAGCUUUUUGCUUACCUACUGCAAUCCUUGUUUCUUUAGUGACUGGUACUAUGCAAGAAGUCCCUUCCUGAAUUCAAAAAUGAGCUCUGAUAUUGUCGGUCACCUCUACGAACUCACAGAGGUUCAGUUUGAUCUGGUGUCUAGAGGCUAUGACUUAGACUCGGCAUGGCCCACGUUUGCCAGGUAAUACAAACCAGCUGCUAAGGUGGAAACAUUUCUAUAAUUUGUAUGCUUUUGUCAGGGGACUGCCAUCGGAACAGGGAAGGGAGGCAGGGAGCCGUUGGGAUACAGGGAACCUCCGAAAAUCUUGCAAAGCAGUUCCUCUUCCUGCGGUGGGGAAAGCCACCCCUCCAGUGGUGAAGAGGGGAAGGGACCAGAGGAUGCUGCUGGGAGCCCCAGCACCGCACCUUGUUAGUCUAAGAGUGGGGAAAGCCACACCUCCAGGGUAAAGGAGGAGAAAGGGCUAGAGGAUGCUGCAGGGAGCCUCAGCACCACUCCUGGCCAAGCCGGCCAGGAGGGAAACACGCCUCUUCCAUCGCCCACCUUGCGCAGAGGGGUGAAACACAAAGAAGUAAGGAAACGGCUGGGGGUGACUAAGCUCUUAUGUUGGGGGAGGACUCAGAAGGAACCACUCCCAGAUUCUGCUAGCGAUUGAGGCAGACAUGAACUUGUGGUUCUGCACUGUAAAUAGUUUUGCACCAAAAUCAAACCUGUAAAAGACAGAGUCCUGCCUGGUUACUCACGAGCCACCACCAUUGCCAUCUGACAGCUUUAAUAAAACAUUUGGGGACUUUAGAAUAUAUUAAAACUUCAGUAUUUGAAUUGUGGGUCGGAUGAAACUUCACUUUGGUUAUUAUACUGAUCACCCUGCCGCUCCAUCAAUGUUCUAUGAAGUCCUUCUAACGUGUCAUGUCAGAUGAGACCACUAGGAGGACAGCAGAAAAUAGAUUUGCUUCUAGACCUAAUGACUAAAUCAGCAACGACACUCUUUUAAUCAUGGUUAUGAAUUUAUACAACUUAGUGUGUCGCAUCCAGCUCUUGCAGCAAGAUAGCAUCUUCUGCUCAUGUCAUCUGACUUGCGACAAUUGAAUAAAAGGUGCAUUAAUUCUCAGGGGCUUCCUGGGCAGUGAAUAAGUUCCUCUUAAUGGAAAUAAAGGUCGCAACACAUUUCCCCCAUCAUUUCCCCCCUUAUAUUAAUAGAUAGCGAAUCUGUUCAAGCUUCAUUAUGCUGAUGUUAAUUUAUUUUAUCCAGUGGAAGAGAUAACAUGUCCCUCUUCGUUGCCAUUUGCAGUGUAUGGCCAUAGUUCAUAAGCAUUGUAAAUAGCUCUGUGUACAUGGGGUAUAAUUGAAGUACUAUGAAUUGCAUUGUCCUGCAAGUUGGAACAGCAUCAUCACCAACAUCAUUAUUAACAUUUAAAAAGUGGAAAAACAAGAAUAAAAUAAUCUAAAAAAGAGCAGAUCCAACUUAACCCCACUAAAAGAAAAACAGGAAAUUAAGAUGCAAAAGCCUGGAAGACCAAGAAUGUUUUUGCAUGGUGCCCCAAGGCAGAGAAUGAUGACUCUAGGCAUGCCACCCUGGGAAAGCAUUCCAUAAAUGGGGAGCCACCACUGGAAAGGCCCUGGCUGCUGAAUUGUGCAGCAGCUGCAGUUUCCAAGAUGUCUUCAAAGGCAGCCCCACAUACAACACAUUGCAUCUUAUUUAUCUAUAUCAGGGAUGGGAACCUCUGGUCUGCAGGUUGAAUGUGACUCUCGAGGACACUCAGUUCAGCCCCUGGAGCUAUCUCCAGGCCACAGUAAUCACUGGCCCUGCUCUCUUCCCUCCUCAAGUGCUUUUGCCUGCCUGGGCUGUGUCCUUGAACUGCAGUAAUGCUUUUUGCUUUCCUGGAUGGCAGAGCGUGUGUGCAGAAACUGCUGACUUUCACUUGGCCAGAAUGUAGCCGUUGCCCUGCCUACCUUUUCCUACAUUUCCACCCACCAUUGGCACGAGGCCUCCAAAUAGUCGAUCACAAAGGAAUCUGCACCUUUGGGAUGAACCCUUAUCAGUAUCUACCCUCAGUUUCUAUGCCCCUAUACACCAAGGACUUCAAUUUAAAACCUCACCACAAAAAUAGAAUAAAUUAUCAUGUAAACUCUGAUUUCCCCAGCAGUUUGGAACCAGCAGCACAAAUGCAAAUUAUUACCGUGCUUCUGAAGAGCAUUCAGGCUCAGCUUUUGUAGAAUUUGAGGGUCAGUUCCUCUCUGUUCCAUUAUUGUAUGUACAAAUUUGAUGCUUUGAUGGUGUAGUCCAGGAAGUUCUCUUGUUUUGUUGGAACAGAGGGGAAGAAGGUCCAUGGGCAGAAAGCAGCACCUCACAUUGUAACGGGGGGUAAUAAUGCCAAGCCAGAGCAAACGGAGGGAUGUGCUUUUAGUAGAUAAUUUCAGAGAGGAAGCUGUUCAAAAUAUGUGCAUGGUGGCGGCGGCGGUUUCUUACUUUCUAAAAUAAUUAAAACCCUCUUCCAUUUGCAGGAGAACAUUGCCUUCAUUUGGCUCCUCGGCUUACCAGUGGAGGCCUCCAAGCCGCACUUCAAGCAUGAGUAGUUUGGUGAGCAGCUAUUUGCAGGUAAUUAUAUUGACAAAUGACUACAUGUGCAACUGUGGUGAUCACACAGGGUCCCCGGAUGUUUGACAGUCUAUUGAUCCCUGUGUCACCACUGUGAUUGCCUCUUCGCUCCCACCAACCCAUUUCUCUUGGGUGCACACGGAGUCCAGACAGUUGUUAACAUUAACAAAUAAGUUUAUUUUUAUAGGCAUGAACAAGUUUAUGGUUUCAGUUAAUUUUUCUUGUCAGUUACUUAAAUUUUAGUUCCUUUAAUGUCCUAUACAUCCCUAACAACUUCAAACUGAUUAUCCCAACUAACUAUCUGACUCCACCUAACAAUUCCUCUCACUCCCACACAACACAACACAACUCGACUAACCCACAGACUUAUCCUCCCUCUUCCUUCUCCAACUCCCCAACUCUCAACUAACUUCCACACAACACCGACUCUAACUCCUCCUAUCAGUUUCUCUCUCCCCAAUCACAUCACACUCAUUUAACCCUUUCCUUAUGACCCACCUAGGAGGCAAACGCCACAGCAACAUUUCCUUAUAAGAGCAGCAAUAGUGCUACUGUUAGUCUUCCUUAUGUGUAAUGACCCCUUACCAUUAGACUGAACAUACGAAGGGGAAAUUACGGUAGAAUCCACUUGAUGUUAUUUUUCUAAUUGGUCACCUGAGAGGAACUCACUCUGUGUUCCUCAUUUAGCUGCAUGCCAUUGUAAGUUGAUGCAAAUAAUAGCCCUACUGUUCUGGUUUAAUUGUAUAUUGUGAUGAUUUCCCAGCCAGAGGCUUCUUCAUACUAAUCUGAGGUGGAUUCCAAAUGCUGAAUAUACAAUAUAUACCAAAGAGGCAUCUCUUCUUCUAACUAAAACCAUUUUUCUUCUGAUUUUCUUAGACCCAAGAGAUUCCCUCCAGCCCCAAUGGGAAUAGCUUUUUAACUGCUGAGCCUCUUGAGGGCCUUGAUGAGCUACACGUGGAGCUGGACCAGGCAGAACUGCGGCAGAAAGAACUGCAGGAUCGGAUCCAGCAUCUAGAAAAGGAAAACCAGGAGCUCAAGGCGGCCAUCAACUUUGAGAAGCAGCAAGCGCAAACAGAAAGAGAGAAGAGCAGGAAUAUCAGCGAGGAGAACUCCAGGCUAACGAAAAUGCUGGGGGAGGUGGAGAAACAGCGUGAGAUCUCCCACUGCACUCAGGACACCAUUCAGGACCUCCAGAAGUGCCUGCAGACAUUAGAACUGAAUGCAGUUGAGAAGCAAAAAGAAUACUGUGCAAGGCUGGGGGAACUGGAGUCUGGGAAAAAGGAUUCUGACUCAAAGCUUCUUCUCUUGAACAAAGAACUGGAAGCUGCAAGGGCUUUGGUGUCCACGAAGGAUGUCCGUAUCAGUGAGCUUCUGGCCAAAUUGCAGUCAGGAGAGCAGAAGAAUGAAAAGCUUGUCGCCAAAGCCAAUGCUCUAAUGAAUGAAAAGGCACAACAAGCCACCAGUCAGUUUGAGUCUGCACUGAAGAUUGAGGAUUUGCUGAAGAAGCUUAAUGAAGCGGAAGAGGCAAAGGCCAGUGCUGAGGAGUUAAAUAAUAAACACCUUUCUCUGCUUAAGAUCGCAGAAGAGCAACUCCAGUUAAAGGAGGAGGCACAGAAAGAGUUUGAAUCAAAACUGACGAACCUCACUGUCAACUGCAAGGAAGAAUCUGAAAAACUUUGUGGUGAUCUGGAAACUAUGGCAACUAAAAUGGCAGACCUUCAGAAGGCAUUAACAGCAAAGGGCCAUGAGGUGGCUGAUCUUCAAAUCCAGUUGAAAGGCUUGUUGGAUUCUAUAAAAUCCUUGGAAAAAAGCCUUGAAGAGGAAAAGAAAGAGAAGACAAAACUUGAGGGUUUGGUCACGCUUACAAAAACAACAUUGGAAGAAGAAGUAAAAAACACGAUGGAGCAACUUGAGCUUAGGGAAAUCCAGCUUUCAAAACUAAGUCAAACAGUGAAGAGCUUAGAAGAGCAAAAGAGAGAACUUAUUUCUGAAAGAGAGCAUCUCAGAAAGACAAUAGAAAGAAUGGAGGAACAGGCCACAGAGCAAAGCUCCUCACUGAGAACGAUCUCUGAAGGAAAUGAGAAGCUCAAGUCUCAGAAUGCAAAGCUGCAGCAAACCAAUCAGAAGCUAGAAGCGAAGCAAAGAGAGUUGGAUGCUUCUCAAUCUUCUCUGGAGGCUGAGGUUGCCAGACUGAGAGCCUCCGAGAAACAGCUCCAAAGCCAGAUUGAAGAUUCUGUGGUGUCCGUGGAUGAAAAGGAGAAGAAACUCCGGGGACAGAACAAGCUGCUGGAUGAAAACCUGCAGAAUGCCACAAGGCAAAACCAAGUUCUGGGAGAAAAGCUGGAUGCCCUUCAGGCUGAUUACCAAGAACUGAAAAAAAGUGAAGAAGCUGCCAAAGAGUCCUUAACUGCGCUGCAAACAGAGCUCCAGAGCACCAAAGAGCAUAGCCUGCAGGUGGAAAAGAGCCUGUCCUCCUCAAAGGAAUAUGAAGGAUCUCUGAAGUUGCAGCUCAAAGAGAAAGAGGAAGCAGUACAAGACUUGGAGAGCCGGUGCAAGGAGCUACAAGGACAGUCGGAGAGGUGCAGGAAAAAGAUGGAAGCCCUGGAGGCAGAAAAGGCAAAAGCAGAAAAAACUUGCCUCCAUCAGACAAAGGUGAUUGAGUCCCUUGUUUCUGAGAAGGCUUCUGUGGAGAAUGCCCAGUUGGAACAGGCAUCUUGUCAGGAGAGAGAAGCCAAAGAACUGGCUUCAAGACUGGCCGUUUCGGAGGAACAGUUGCGCCUCAACCAGGCAGAGGUGUUGAGACUUCGGGAGGAAAUGGUGGACCUUCAAGCCAAGCUUCGUCAGGCAGCAGCAGAGCAGCAGAAGCUGCAGGAAGAGUUGGAUGUUGGGAGGGCUGUUCUGAGCGAGCAAAAGACCCUGGCCCAGCAACUGAAAGAGCAAGGCGAAGUCCUUAACAGAAAGCACGUGAAGGAAAUGCUUCAGUGUCGCCAACGAGAGGAAGUGCUGCAAAAGAAGAGGGACCAGGAAGCCCAGCAGAAGGUGGAGCUGGAGGAGAACGUGCUGAGCCUCACAGAGGAGCUGUCCAAGGCCAAGCAGUAUUUGGAAGCAGUUAAUGCAGAAAACGUGGAGAUCAAAGACCUCCUCCACAGGACCAACACGGACAUGGCUGAGCUUGGCAUUCAGAUCUGCAGUCUGACAUCUGAAAAGGCAGAAGCAGAGGAGAAACUGUCCCAGCUCAUGGAGGAACUCAGAACUGCCAAGGAUAAAGCCACCAGAGAACGUGAGGAGCUUCAGCUUGAUCUCUCAAGACUCACUCAGGAGAAACAGGAAUUGGAAAGCAAACUGGAAGAGUCUAGGGUUUGCAAUGCAGCUCUCCCUAGCCUGCAAACUCAGCUGGAGAUGGCAGAGAAGCAUCACCAGAAGCUGCAAGAGACCAGCAAAGAGGAGCUGUCUGCAGUCAAGUUUCAACUGAGCACAGAAAUCAUAAACCACCAAACAAAACUUAAGGUAAAUUAACGUAAACAAGUCCUCGUUGCUAAAAUAAGACCCUGCACACACUUUCCUGAGAAUGCAUCCUGUUGAUUUCAGAAGCACUUCUGAUUAGACCUGUGUAAUGGUUGUAUUGGGAUGCAGGUGGCACUGUAGGUUAAACCACAGAGCCUAGGACUUGCCAAUCAGAAGGUCGGCGGUUCAAAUCCCCAUGACAGGGUGAGCUCCCGUUGCUCGGUCCCUGCUCCUGCCCACCUAGUAGUUCGAAAGCAUGUCAAAGUGCAAGUAGAUAAAUAGGUACCGCUCCAGCGGGAAGGUAAACGGUGUUUCUGUGCGCUGCUCUGGUUCUCCAGAAGCGGCUUAGUCAUGCUGGCCACAUGACCCGGAAGCUGUACGCUGGCUCCCUCGGCCAAUAAAGCGAGAUGAGCGCCGCAACCCCAGAGUCGGCCAUGGGGUCCCUUUACCUUUAAUGGUUGUAUUAUAGGGUCAUGGUUAUGAGAAUCCUCCUCAAAUGAAGAAUUAAAAGCAUUGAAAACUUGCAAUCCAAAUUUGUCGCCGCCGCCGCCCCGGCUCUGUGGAAUGGCAGAGCUACUGCUUCAUCUGUAGCCUGGCCACUCACAGCAGUUCAAUUUGGGGUGGUAGGCAGAUUGGGCCCAAUCCCUGUGCCAGAUCCAAGCUGUCACAGCGACUGGGCCUGAGGUAUGUAGAAUAGUGGGGAGGGGAAAUGCUUCUCUCACCAGGUAUCCCUGCGUAUUGGCCCCACCACCUCCACCCCUGGUGUCUGCACAUUUAGCAUGAAGGCCUGGAAAGUACUUCACAGCAUGUUUUGGCUGAAUCUGUCUAAACAUCUCCCCCAUUAUCAACCCUUGUCUUCUUAGCGUUCCUGAUCGCGACCUGGGUGUCAAAGCAUAUUCAGUGGAGCAUCCUUAGAAGCUCAGUUUGACACCCCCUCUAAAACACACACGCACACAUUCUUUUGAAUACUUAAAAAGGGUGAUAGUUAACCUCAAAUAUUACAGCAUGUGGCUUUAAGAAGGGGAGGAACCGUGUAACUCUUUGUUUUGACAAACGGAUAACUUCUCUUUAAAAAUAAUAAUAAUCAACGCUGAUGUGUGUUUUAUGGGUCCUGCCAGGCUCUCAGUGAAGACUGCGAAAAAUUAAAGCGGGAAGUUGAAGAGCAAAGCCAGCAAGCACAUGUUGCAAAGGAAGCACUCAAAGAACUGCAGGUUGGUCCAUGAUCUGAUUGAAAUAAGAAACUCAUUGAAGCAACUCUCUCUCUCUCUCUCUCUCUCUCUCUCUCUCUCUGAGGCUGACAGUGUGCUUCAAUGGUGAAUAUGCACUGACACUUAACAGACAGGAACCUGAAUACAGCAAAAGUGGGUGGGGUGAAACUACGGCCAAGAUACAGAGAUGCAAGCCAGCAUGUUCUGUGCUUGCAUACAUAUUUUUUAAAAACAAAUAAUAUGCCCUUGAACCCUGUUUUCAAGCUGCAUAGAACUUGGCAUAUCAUCUCCUUAUGCAUAUAGAUCACCCUGUAACAUCAUCGGGCUCCGAUCUGGUGGAACACUCUGCCACAAGAGACUAGGGCCCUGCGGGACUUGACAUCUUUCCGCAGGGCCUGCAAGACAGAGCUGUUCCGCCAAGCCUUUGGCCAGGGCACAGCCUGACUCCCUCCUUUGGCAAUCCUCACAGAACUCUACCCAAUGGUUGCCAUCAAUUUGAUUUGAAUUAAAUUUUUUUAAUGAAAUGAUUUUAAAAUGUUGUCUUAUUUUAUUGUUGUUAGCCACCCUGAGCCCAGCUUCGGCUGGGGAGGGCAGGAUAUAAAUAAAAUUUUAUUAUUAUUAUUAUUAUUUAUCACCCUGCCAUCACCCCAGGGUCCAGCUGAUUUCCUUUUGCCCUCUGGCUGAAACAGGAGCCCAAACACUGGAAAAUCAGAGACAGCAGCACGAAUAUAGCCAUCUGGAUUUUAGCUUUCCAAACUCAACCCAUUGAGUUUUAGUUUGUGUUUUAAUUGUGUUUUGACUCUUUUUGUACACUUGAUUGCAGCUAAAAGGGCAAAAAGCAACGUUUUUACAAGUGUUUCUUUAAGAAUUGUUAUAGUUUUUAUCGUUUUAUAUUGUGUUGAAUGUAUUUUUAAAAUUGCUUUAUCAGUUCAUAAAACUAUAACAAUUCUUUUUAAAAAAAACUUAUAAAAACAUGUUGCUCUGUCAUGGGGUGUCCAUUAGUUUGCUUUCUACCAAUAGCUCUUGGAUUACACAGCAUCUCUACUUCCACUGUUGGUGAUUACUGAGAUGUGGUUACUUAGAUAUAGCUUCUGCUGGCCAUUUGGGGAAAAUACAGGAAAAUUGUUACUUAGAAAAUCUCUAAGGCUUUGGUGAUAACAAAAGGUUAACACUUUGAAUAUACCCUGCAACCACAUCCGUGCAGAUCUCAGUUAGCAAAUUUAUUAAAGAUUUUGAAUGGAAUCUGAAAAGCCUUCUAUACAUCUCUUUGUUAUUUACCUUUUUAAAAAUCAUCUUCCUAGGCUGUGAAAAGAGAUCUGUGCACGGAAUUGGACCUGGCCAUGGAUCAGGUGACAGAGUACAAAGCAGCCCAGCAAAAAAGAGAUGAGGAGGUGACACAGCUUAAAGAAGACCUAAAAAGGUAGAAACUUUGUUUAUCCUGUUGUUUUUUAUAUAAAAAGUUUUAAAUCUUGCAAAGAGAGCUGAUGUAGCGUAGUGACCAAUUAGAGGCUAAGCUACAAAUCAGAAAGUUCUCCGUUAAAUCUUUUUGCCCUGAAUUCGCUCAGUGGCCUUAGGCAAGCUGCUAUUGCUUAACCUCAACCUCACCAUCAUCGGUACAGGAGGAUAUUACCGUAUUUUUCUGUGUAUAACACGCCCCCCUGUAUAACACGAUCCCUAUUUUGGGGGGCUAAAAUUUUAGAAAGUGGGGGGAGACGGCCAAGAGUUGUUCAGCUUUUUUGGGGGGAGGAUUGCCCCCAAAGCUGUUGAGUUUUUUGGGGGGAAUGCCCAAAGCUUUUCAGGUAUUUGCGGGGGGGGGGUGCCAAAAAACACUCACCCGGCUGAUAAACGCUACCAAACAUGCAGAAGAAGCAACAGAGCGUCUGCCGGCGAGCUGAAAGCAGCCGGCAUUCGCACGCCCAACUGCUGCAGCGCUAGCCAAUCCACAGCAGCAAUCUCAGCAGACUCCAUUCUCCCACCCAAUCACAGCUGACAAGCUAUGACUCAUGCCUGCAACCAUUCGCCAGCACCAGAAAAAUCACUAUCCAUGUAAAAGACUACCCACCCCCAAUUUUUAUCCUUCUUUUACAGUUAAAAAAACCUUGUCAUUUUUUUUAUAUAUAGAUUUUUAUUAGGUUUUUUUAAACAUAUCAUUCUCAACAGUAAUUAAACAUACUUUUACAUCUUAUUCAAAUUUUUGACUUCCAUCAAUCCUGUCUGAAAACUUUCCAAUCUAAUCUCUCAGUAUGCAUUUCUUACCUUCCCUAUUACAUUUCAAACUCAUAACCAAUGUCUCUAUCUUUUUCUACUUUGUAACACUUCAUGUAUUUCUCCUUACAAAACUUCUUGUAGUCCUACUAGCGUAAUUUGUUCAAUACAGUUGCUCUUCAAAUAAUUCAUAUACUUCUUCCAAUCUUCUGUAAAUCUCUGGUCCCUCAGGUUUCGAAUCCUUCCUGUCAUUUUGUCUAAUUCUGCGUAGUCCAUUAAUUUCGUCUGCCAUUCUUCUUUCGUCGGAAUUUCUCCUUGUUUCCAUUUCUGGGCUAACAAUACUCUUGCCGCAGUUGUUGCAUAUAAAAACAAUUUAACAUCUUGACUGUUAAUGUCCUGACCUAUAAUACCAAGUAAAAAUACUUCUGGUUUUUUAAAAAAUGUAUAUUUCAACAUCUUUUUCAUCUCAUUAUAUAUCAUUUCCCAGAGGUUCUUUACUUUUUUACAUUCCCACCACAUAUGAUAAAAUAUUCCUUCUUUUUCUUUACAUUUCCAACAUUUAUUAUUUGUCUUAUACAUUUUAGCUAAUUUCACUGGUGUAAUAUACCAUCUAAGGGACGCGGGUGGUGCUGUGGGUUAAACCACAGAGCCUAGGACUUGCCAAUCAGAAGGUCGGCGGUUCAAAUCCCCGCGACGGGGUGAGCUCCCGUUGCUCGGUCCCUGCUCCUGCCAACCUAGUAGUUCGAAAGCAAGUCCAAGUGCAAGUAGAUAAAUAGGUACCGCUCCAGCGGGAAGGUAAACGGUGUUUCCGUGCGCUGCUCUGGUUUGCCAGAAGCGGCUUAGUCAUGCUGGCCACAUGACCCGGAAGCUGUACGCCGGCUUCCUUGGCCAAUAAAGCGAGAGGAGCGCCGCAACCCCAGAGUCGGCCACUUCUGGACCUAACGGUCAGGGGUCCCUUUACCUUUAAUAUACCAUCUAUACAUUGUCUAAUACACAGAAAAGUAUGGAAAUACCGGUUUAUCUUUCAGCAUGGGUGGGCAACCUCCGACCCAUGGGCUUAAUUAGGUCCACCAGACAUUUCCAUUUGGCCCACCAGGCCAUUUUGGUCAAGCCACGCUCACCUGCCCUACACCUGAUGUUAUAGCACUUUGAGGCCCACCUAGCAGCUGAUUGUCAGGACUCUGCAGGGCUCUCCACAAGCACCAACAAACAGCUGGCUCCUGGUGUUUGAGGAGACCCCAGAACAGCAACAGCUGGGAUUUGCAGCACAAAGAAUAAGACUCCAGAUCUAAAAAGUCUAAUAUAUGGAAAUUAAUCCCCCCCCCCAGAUGAAAAACAAGCUCUCUCCUCCACGGCUAGCAUUAAUUUUUUUUUGAAAACCUGCCAUAGUUCUAAUGAUUCAUUAUAUGCUCUUGAGAAUGAAGGGAAACUAGAAACAAUGUUGUGAUAUAGCUGUGCUGUGUGGGAAAGACAUUAAUCAUAGUACUAAUUGAGGUAUGACUGAGGUCAGGAAUGGUUAAAGAUUAUAGAUAUAUAUAUAUUUAAGGGCUCAAAUGGAAGUCAACAAAGCAAAUGAGCAAAUUCAAGACUACUGCGAGAAACUCAGCAAGACGAGAGCAGACCAAGAAAGCAACGAAAGGAAAUUACUGGCUGAACUCGAUGACCUAACAAGAACAAAGCAGUUCCUUGAAGAACGGUUAAUUGAACUUCUCAGGUUGGUAGCUUUAUCGUUAAAUAUUUCUAACCUGGAUGGAAUAAUUUUGUCUUUUGAUCCCUGGCACGUUCUGCAGCAGAACUAAAGAAAAAAUUAUAGUGUAAGCCUAAACAAGCAAAAUCAGAAGUAACUCCUACUGAGCUCAGUUGGGUUUACUCCUUAGCAAAUGGUGUUCAGGAUAUUAGGAUAAUCAUGGUUAUGGUCUUUUGUGGAAUGCUGGAAGUGACAGACUUUCCAAACCCUUAAAAGGUAAAGGGACCCCUGACCAUUAGGUCCAGUCAUGGCCGACUCUGGGGUUGCGGCGCUCAUCUCGCUUUAUUGGCCGAGGGAGCCGGCAUACAGCUUCCAGGUCAUGUGGCCAGCAUUACUCAGCUGCUUCUGGCGAACCAGAGGAGCUCACAGAAAUGCCGUUUACCUUCCUGCCGGAGCGGUACCUAUUUAUCUACUUGCACUUUGCCGUGCUUUCGAACUGCUAGGUUGGCAGGAGCAGGGACCGAGCAACGGGAGCUCACCCCGUCGCGGGGAUUUGAACCGCUGACCUUCUGAUCGGCAAGUCCUAGGCUCUGUGGUUUAACCCACAGCACCACCCACGUCCCUAUCCAAACCCUUACCCAAGUGUAAUACUUCAACCACAGCUCCAAGGAAGUAAGAUGUUAUUUAGGAACGGUCUUUGCCUCCUUGGGCCUGCAGUGGUUCAAACUUUUGACCUUCUCCAUAACUCACUAUGAAGACCCACUUGCUGGAUCACAGCAGUUCCUAGCAGGGCAGGAAACGCUGUUACUGAGUAAUGCCUUGCAGCCCCAAGGCUGUUAAAGAUACGGAUAUGAUACCGUUCUACCUUUAGAAAAGCCAGAGUUGUUACUUGAGCCCUAGGUACUCAGGAGACAUGGUGGCAGCAGCGCUGGUAGGAAGUAUUCUCUGAUAGGAAGUAUUAUCAAGAUACUGCAAGUUGCACCCUCAUUGAGGGUUGGCACCACUGUGUGGUCGAAGGCAGCAGUUAAGGGAUCCAAAAACCCUUCAGGCAAUUUGCUUUCGUGUUAGCAAAGAGAAUAUGUGUGUAUCCCCUUGGCUACUGCUGUUGCAGUGUCUGAUUUCCCCUUCCUUGGCUUGUCAUAAUUGAAACUUGAGUUCCAGUGGAGGGAGGGACUUCAAAAAAACAUUGAAAGCAGCAAUUUUGCCUUUAAACCACAAGGUGGCGCUCAUGUCCCAACCUGUGGUCACCUGUUGAUUGAAACCUCUUUCACAUGUAGGAUUUAUUUGAUUUAGUAUUUUUUGAUAAAGAAUUUUAAAAACCAAAGCUGCAUGUGGUUCCAGUGUGAGCGUGAAAUAUUGUGCAGCAGGGGCUUACCCCGCUCUUCUCAAAUGCUAGUGGAUUGUUUGCAUGGAGCUCCUCAUUCACAUCAAUGCCCUGUGGAGUUUUAGAUCAGCCAGUGUCUCUGAUCCGGUGAUCUUCUGCAGGCGAUGGAAGCUCCCACGCUUCCAGUGCCCCCAUUCACUCCAGUGGAAGGGGGGGAAAUACAUGUGCUCAUUUCUUCGUCAUUUCGCCAUUAAUAUCAAAGGUGGAACUAACUCAGGAAAUCAACAUAAAUUGCCUACCUUCAUGCAAGCUACUAUUCAGUUUCCUGGCAAAAUCCAGUGAAGAUCAGCUCUCCAAAGCUGUGAUUUGCAUUUCAGGGCAAGUUUCCCUUAGCAACAAUCGGUGCUCCCCUCGAAAUGCGAACAGCAGCUUCAGAGAGGGGUUGUUGCAGGGAAGGAUAGUUAAAUGUCCCCCUCCACUCCCCAUGGUCCUGAGGCUGCUCAAGCUUCUCUAUGCCUGCACGAAAACGGUGCAAGUUAACUGCAUUUGUGCAAUCCUUAAUAUGUAAGGAAAAAGGGACGCAGGUGGAGCUGUGAUCUAAACCACUGAGCCUCUUGGGCUUGCCGAUCCAAAGGUUGGCAGUUCAAAUCUGCGUGAUGGAGUGAGCUCCCAUUGCUUUAUCCCAGCUCCUGCCAACCUAGCAGUUCAAAAGCAUGCCAGUGCAAGUAGAUGAAUAGGUACCGCUGCAGUGGGAAAGUAAACGGCAUUUCCAUGCGCUCUGGUUUCCAUCACGGUAUUCCGUUGCGCCAGAAGCAGUUUAGUCAUGCUGGCCACAAGACCCAGAAAGCUGUCUGUGGACAAACGCCAUCUCCCUCAGCCUGAAAGCGAGAUGAGCACCACAACCCCAUAGUCGCCUUUGACUGGACUUAAACAUCUAGGGGUCCUUUACCUUUACCUUUUUUUAAUAUGUAAGGAAUCUUCUUAAGACUAAGGCUUCUCUGAAGCUAUUUUUUGUUGUUAUUUAAGGGGGGGAAAUGAGUAAAAAAUUGCACUAAUGGUAGCUCAUCUAUGUACAAUGGUACCUCCGCUUGUGGACGGUAUCUGUUCCGGAGCUCUGGUCAGAUUCCAAGGUUUUCGCAAUAGGAGGUGCCUGUUCUGUGCAUGCGCACGGUGCGGUAGAGCGCUUCUGCACAUGCGCAUGGGGCGAAACCCGGAAAAACACUUCUGGGUUUGCCACGUGCAUUUCCUGAAGUAUACGUAAGCAGAGGUGCGCGUAAGUAGAGGUACCACUGUAUUGUGAAGUGAUACCUACUGUUACAUCUAUACUAAUUCAGCAGGAACAGUAGACCUCUGGCUCUUUGCAGCCUCUGCAAAAAAUCUAGCAGUGACCAUAGAAAAAUAGCAGUCUGGGCCAUGGAAAAUGCAAGCUGGAGAACCAAGCCCUAGUGCGUGAGCCGCAGAUCUGAUCCAGCCAAAGGGCUGGAUCCAAAGCUCCCACAGACAACCCACAGGCCAUUUUGACAGGUGGUCGAGGCCCGCCCUCUGUCAAUCACCCAGCAUCACCACGACACCUGGUGACUCAGUUUCAAAGGAAAGGGUCAGGAGCACACUCUGAAGUGUACUCCUGAUUUGUCCUUUGCAUCGAAAAGUGACCCCUUUUUAAAUUCGGCACUGCUGCAGCUUGAACUUUCCAGCCCCUGACAUCACCCAGGAAAGAUGGGGCUGGUUUGGAGGGUCCAACUUCUGAGGACCAUGGGCUCACCACUGCCCUAGUGUUUCAUGAAAAAAAAUUGUGGGUUUCCGAUUCUAAUGGUGGAGCAUAGCUAAGGCCACCUGCUCCUAAAUCUUUGCGCUGGCCAAUUUGCUUGUAUCACUAGCUCAACACAGCUCCAGCACGAAUAUGACCCCAGGGUUUGUGGUGAGGCCAAUAGUGCACCCCAUCUGAGAAACUUUACUCAUUUAUGUUCUCAGUUACUUUGCUGAUGGCAUUUAGAAGAACUGGCUACUUGCAAACUGAACCAUCUUUGUUUCUGUUUCCUGUGCAACUGUGGUAGAUUCUAUGCAAUGUAACGUUCUCUCGGCAGUGGCAUCACACCUUGCUUCUUAAUGAUACAUCUUCACCACGUAUUUUGCAAUUACUUCAGCACUUGUUAAGUCCUGUGGUUUGUGGGUCACACUCGACAUUUUAAACCACAGAGAGAUACAUCCCCCCCAAACAAUAUCUAACACAGAAGACCUAAAGAGAUUUGAGCAAUGCAUGUUUAAUAAGUCUCCCUUUCAUACAUGUGUGUAGUUUUUGCUCAUCUUUACAGGUUUACCCUCCCUGAUUUAUUCCCACUUUCCUGGAAAUAAGUCCCAUUGAAACUAGUGCGACUUGAUUCCAAGUAAACAUGCAUGCGGUUGCACUUUUGUUGUCGUUGUUAUUGUUGUUAACAAAGGUCUGAAAUUGUAUAAAGAUGGGAGAUUUCGACCUUUUUGACAUUUGUAGUCAUUACUCUAUCAUAAUUAUGAGUCUACUUCACAUGUUAUGGGUACGUGUUACUAACAUGCCCUGUGUUCCUACUAAAACUGUAACGUUUAAAACCAUCUCACUGUAGGAACCAUAAUGGCCCUGGCUCUCUAGGGCUGUGGUUCAUCUGUUUAAAACAAAAAACCACUUUAAGAUAACGGAUUCUCACCUCACCCCAACACCAUUUCACAAACUGUUUCUCCCUUCAGCUUCACAGAUCCUAGCCAGAGUUUUUAUUAAGUAAGCUUACAAACAGAGGUUCACAAAUGUUGGCUUGAUCUGCUAGCCAGGCGAUUAUUUGUGGCUGCCGGUGCCACCCUCCCUCCUCCUUCCAGUUCUCUGGCAGACUUUCAGAUUUUCUUCAUGAUAAAAUGCAGUAGAUAACGUAUUAUUAUUUAGAUCUUAUAAAAGUGAAAGAUUGAAGCAUAGCCAGCAACAGUAGAGGGAAAUGGUCUUAAGAGGCUAUGUUUUGUUUAUGUGCACACAUAUGGGCUGUCUUCCUUUCGUACCCACCCACAUGGUCUUGCUCAAUGUCAUAUAUGGAAUGCUUGCAAAAACACAAGCAUGGCGUCCAACCAGAAUUUUAGCUAAGAAUCUGUAAUGGUUCUAGGGGUUGCUCGUGCGUAAAUCGGCGCCCCACCUGGCUGGGUUGCCUGAGUGAACCUUUUCUGUCCGGACAGCCACUCGCCCGUGGCUGCCUCAAUCGCUGGCAGAAUCCGUCAGUGGGCGUUUCUUGAACUUCUUCCAGCACAAAAGUUCUUUGAUGCCUAGUCUUCGCCUAGUCUCCCUGCGCGGAAGCCUUCUGCGCAGGGAGGGUGUGGGCAGCGGAGGACCCGUGCUCUCCCCGCUGGUCCCCGGCGAAGAGUCAUGGAGCCACCUCGCCGAUUCCCCCAUCUGCCCCCCUUCUCCACUGGUGCUACGCUGAUUUCCUUCCCCAGAAGAUGUGCUGCUUCUCUCCCUCCCGGGACGCUCUCCGGAAUCCCUCUGGAGCCCUCCCUCUCCCCCUGGCUCCGAUGGCAGUUCCCUGACAGAAUCCAUUGUAUUUAAAUGAUAUUUGCCUUAAUAGGGGAGAUUUGUUUUUCCUGUGAUGGGCUGGGGUUAAAUUAUUAAAACCUAAACUCACAGAUGAUGAAUUGUUCUUUAUGCACACCUUUGAAAGAGACAAGGAUGCCCUUUGGCAGAAGUCGGAUGCUUUGGAAUUCCAGCAGAAACUCGCUGCAGCACAAAGAUGGCUUGGUGAUGCGGAAGUAAGCUGUUGCCUAGACUGUAAGAAAGAAUUUGGCUGGAUGAAUCGUCGCCACCAUUGCAGGUCAGUUUGUAGGGGUGACUUUUCUAAAUAGUGCCAUUGUAAAUAGUGUCACUUGGAAUUACAGCAAAUUCUACCUUAAUUGGCAUUCAUAAUGCAUUUGUGGUUUCUGCUUGAGAAGACUGUGGGACAAAAGCAUUGUUUGUGUGGAUAUGGAGAUCUUUCCAGACUCGACCCCAUCUCAAUCUGGAAAAAAUGACAAUCCAAAUUAUCACUGGUUUGCUUCACCAUUAAUCUCUCUCCAAUGUUAUAUAAAGGAAUUACUUUAUAAAGGAUUGUUGGUUUGGGGAAUGGGUUGAUAUAGUUGGCCUUUCAGGUGUAUAUUUAACUCAGCAUCCAAUUACGUUACACUCAGAGUAGACCCAUCAAAAUGAAUGGGCCUAAAUUAGUCAUGUCUGUUAAUUUCAAUGCAUUUACUCAAUGUUGGAUAAAACCCAGUGUUCUUCCAUUGACUUCAAAGGGAAUCCAGAUUGGCAAUAUUAUGAAGAAGGUCGCUUUCUGCAUGUUGGAUAUUGUAUCCCUUAAAUGCCUUCAUUUUGACAUGAAGAACUCUUUUCUUUUCUCUUUUAAAAUUUCAUUAUUUUUAGAAUGUGUGGGCGCAUUUUCUGCUACUACUGCUGCAACAACUAUGCCGUGUCGGAGCAUACUGGCAAGAAGGAGCGCUGUUGCCGGGCUUGCUUUAAAAAGGCAAGUGCCAUCUCAGUUGAUUCUGGAUCAAACGCAAGCCAAGAAGAACCACCAUCAAGCCUGCUAGCCUCACCAUUGUCCCUGGUCCAUAGAGUUAUGGGUGAGUCCUUCCUGUGUAUAAAUGGGAUUAAAUUUCUUGGAAAAGAAUCUCCUGUGGUCUUCAGAUCAUAUUCUAUCCUUGUGUCUGCUUUGGUACAGAUGGCAGUGUUUGAUGUCCCUUCAAGUCCCAUAAGUCUAUAAUGAACACUGAGAAGUUAUGUUGCCUUACUUUAUAUGCAGCAUAAUAACACUUUCUUGUUUUGUGUCCUUUGUUGUGGUACAGUUACAAAUGAAGCCUCUAAACCCACAGAUGAUGCCGUGUUUGAUAUAAUCACCGAUGAGGAAGUGGGCCAGAUAAAGGAAGACAACUCGGUUCACAAUGAAAGCCAAACUGAAGAAGAAUCUUUGGACCAUGGUAUAACCGAUCUGUGAGUAAACAUAAUUUAUACACAUGUGUGUGUACACACACACAAUCUGUUCCAAAGUAGAUUAGGCUUGUGAAGGGCAGUGGCGCAGCACGGGUUUCUAGUGCCCAGGGCAAGUAUCCUUGGCCCCGCUCAUCCGAUAGGCUGAGGGGCAAUAGCUCAACCCAUGCAGAGGGCGCCAUAGCAAUCAGCCGUCACCCAAAUCCUCUCCUCAGUCUGCCCAUGCGAACAUGCGUAGAUUUUCUGUGUGAGGGGGAGGGUGCACUGUUUUUUAUUUAUUAUUACUACUACUACUUUUUUUUCCUUUAAAAUUUUGUGCCCCUAAGAGUUUUGCACCCCCCAGUAACUGCCCCUGUGGCCUUGCCCAUGCUAUGCACUGGUAAAGAGCCCUCCGUUGUCCAUGGGAGAGUGUAGCUGGGAAAGGAAGGUUAACUCUUGCCACCCCAGCUGCACUCUUGAGGAAGAUCGCCCAGCCAAUUUUGUUUGGAAGAAAGUGAAAACACACUUGUUCAAGUCUAACCACUGGCAAGGAGGAGUGCGCCUUUGGUGUCCACAGCAGUGUCCACAGUUUGCAAAUAUGCCCAUGGGCCCGGUCAAGGUUAGCAAUCCCAGUUUUAUAGGUUUCCCUCCCCACAGCUAGGCUCAUCAACUAGACCAGAGCUCAGCAAGGGGUGGGAGGGGUGGCAUUUGGAGGCAGGAAUUGGCAUGUGUAAUCAAGUCCCAUUCCUUCUGCCAAGGUAAUGUCUAGUUUCACCCUACGUAAGGAAAAUUAAACAUAUAGCCCACAGAAGUAUGAACUAGUAUGGCUUAUUGUGAGUGCCUGGAGGCGGUUGGAGGAUGGAUGGCGGCUAACAGAUUGAGGUUGAAUCCUGACAAGACUGAAGUACUGUUUGGGGGGACAGGGGGCGGGCGGGUGUUGGGGACUCCCUGGUCCUGAAUGGGGUAACUGUGCCCCUGAAGGACCAGGUGCGCAGCUUGGGAGUCAUUUUGGACUCACAGCUGUCCAUGGAGGUGCAGGUUAAUUCUGUGUCCAGGGUGGCUGUCUACCAGCUCCAUCUGGUACGCAGGCUGAGACCCUACCUGCCUGCAGACUGUCUUGCCAGAGUGGUGCAUGCUCUAGUUAUCUCCCGCUUGGACUACUGCAGUGCGCUCUACGUGGGGCUACCUUUGAAGGUGACCCGGAAACUGCAAUUAAUCCAGAAUGCGGCAGCCAGACUGGUGACUGGGAGUGGCCGCCGGGACCACAUAACACUGGUCCUGAGAGAUCUGCAUUGGCUCCCAGUACGUUUCCGAGCACAAUUCAAAGUGCUGGUGUUGACCUUUAAAGCCCUAAAUGGCCUCGGUCCUGUAUACCUGAAGGAGCGUCUCCACCCCCAUCGUUCAGCCCGGACACUGAGAUCCAGCACCGAGGGCCUUCUGGCGGUUCCCUCAUUGCGAGAAGUGAGGUUACAGGGAACCAGACAGAGGGCCUUCUCGGUACUGGUCCCCGCCCUGUGGAAUGCCCUCCCUUCAGAUGGCAAAGAGAUAAACAACUACCUGACAUUCAGAUGACAUCUUAAGGCAGCCCUGUUCAGGGAAGUUUUUAAUGUGUGACAUUUUAGUGUAUUUUUGGUCUCUGUGGACGCUGCCCAGAGUGGCUGGGGAAACCCAGCCAGAUGGGUGGGGUACAAAUAAUAAAUUAUUAUUAUUAUUAUUAUUAUUAUUAUUAUUGAUUCCUUCAGGGUUCAUAAUCCUAUGAACAGGGUUGGGGAGCCAGUGGCUCUCUAGGUGUUGGACCCAUCAGCUCUGCCAGCAUGGCUAGUGGUCAUGGAUGAUGGGAGUGAUAGUCCCUGCUGUAAACACUGUUAAUAAUUCCUGUCCGCCUUGCUCAUAUCAGAACUGUAUCAAAGUGCCCAGCAAUGCAGUGUUUGUUCGUUUCCACACUGUGAAGCAGCCAGCUCAAUGUCAGACAGGAAGCUUGCAUGAGAAUGCCACAGACACUUCUGGUUAAGAGUGACAAGGAUUCAGGUUCGCCAUUUCAUUUGUCGGCGCACAUUUCCUGCCCAAAGUGUCUGCCUCACACAAACUUCCCUUCCCUUUUUUGCUUGCUCACACCAAAAGAGCAAAGUUUUGAUGCCAGUGGCAAAACUGCUGACUUAAUGAGUUUUGUGAGCAAAACAACCUUUUAUCAUACAUGGUGGGGGAUGUAAAAUUGUUUAAAAAAAAUUGGAACGAGGUAUGUGAGGAACUGAAAAAACUAUUUAAGAUUUCGUUUAUCAAAAAGCCAGAGGCUUUUCUGUUAGGCCUAAUAUCUAAUGACAUCCCCAGAGAUAAGAAAAAUGUAUUCCUUUAUGCAACAGCAGCGGCCAGAAUAUUGGUCGCGAAGAAUUGGAAGGGGGAGAAAAUACCAUCAUUGUUAGAAUGGCAAAGGAAGCUCUGUGAGUUUGUGGAAAUGGCAAAAUUGAUGGCAAUCAUUAGAGGCUAUUCAAAACAGAGAAUAAUUGAAGAGUGGGGUGGAGUGAAGGAAUACAUGAAAAAAUACGGUUCUGGAACUGGAAUAUUAAUAGAUAAUGUGUAAAACGUGCAGGGGUAAGCAAGGAAAUAAUAAAAGAAUCAAUUGAAUAAUUAUUAAGCUUCAACAACACAACAAGAUAGAAGAAGUUUAAAAAAAUAUUGAGAUCACAAAUGGGUGAAGGGGAGUGGGGGUUAUAGGGGAAUUUAUAAAAAUUUCUAAUAUAAUAUUUCUAAUUGCGUUGCAUUUAUAUAUAGCAAAGGGAAGUCUAUAGCAAUUAGGUAUCUAGUCAAAUAUGUAAUAGGUUAUGUUACAAAACGAAUUUGGAUUUUGAAUUUGAUGUUUGUAAUUCUUUUUCGGUUUUGGAAUAAAGUUAAAAAAGAGAGAGUUUUGUGAGUAAAAUAAAAAAGGAAAAAAGGAAAACUGGGCAGAGAAACCAAAAGAAGGGUAAAUCUCAGACUGAUGGCUGGAGGGAAAAUUAGUGGGUCUACUGUAUUAUGACUUGGAUUCUAAGUUAAGUUCACUGAAGGUAACCUUCCCUUCCCUGCAACUACUUGAGGCCCCUGGAAUAAAAAACCUCUGGAAGGCUAGGAGAUGCCUCCCAGUGUUUGGUGGAGUUCAAGGAGCUGUGGGGGAAGAAGGGGACAGGAAGUUUUCCUCCCUUUGACUCACUGUUUCUCAAAAUAGUGGAACUGGGGACUACCAGUGGGCCUCAAGCCACUUUCCUGCUUGUUGCCUCAUGAGUUGGCUGUCCUUCCCUGCCCCAUAGCUAUGCUGUAGCCUUUUGGUUAGACUGAUGCCAACCCUAGCAACUCCUUCUAGGCUGCGUCAAGGUGCCCCGGAAACAGAGGAGUUUGUGGGCGGGGGAGAGGCCUCUCUGCUCUGAGGGGAAAAGGCCAGAGAGGGUCUGAAGGAGAUUAGGAAGAGAGAUUAUAGCCUAAUAUUCUGAGGUGGCGAUGAUUAACUGGGCAUAGAAAGGAAGGGGAUUAGAGAGAAAAGCUAUUUUAGGAGGAAGAGGUGAAUGGAAAAGGACCUGGGAGGAAGAUUGAAAGACGUUGUCAGUUGGAGAGGAGGGUGGGGUAAGGUACAGGUGAAUUGUGGAAGGGGAAUGGAAGAAGAAAUUGCAGGAGAUGGGUAAAAAUACUUUCAGAGUUCUGUGGGGAGUGGGAAAGGGGAAAUACAGUAUAAACAGCCCUCUACACUUAAAGCCUCUGGAUGAGCAAGUUGCACCUAAAAUUGGGGGAGAGGGGGUUAUGUCACAGUGCCUCCAGAGCAAGUGUUUGUUCUUAGUUUGAGAAAGCUGAGCUAUGGAACUCCUUGACACAAGAAAAGACAAGAGAUACAAACACUGUGUAUGUUUUUUGUUCUUGUGUAUGUUUUUUGUUCUCCAUGAACAUCUAUCUUUAUUUCUUUAUUUAUUUAUAUAAAAAAGAUUCAUAUGGUGAGCCAAAGCAAGUAAAAGCAUGGUUUGCAAGUUCUUGCAUGCCAACCACCUGAAAAGUGUGUCCGCCAUUCAUGCUUUUUCAAACUGCUUUCAUGACCAGCUUUGAAUUGCAAACUAUCAUGAUUUAACGUUCAUAAAGUACCCAAUGUUUUCUAAGCGCUGUACAGAGGUUAAAAGAUAGUCCCGGGCCACUGGCUCACAAUCUAAUAAGCAUGAUGCAAAAGGGGGGUGGGGUGGAGAGAGACAGAGAGGGCAGAGUAAAUGAAGCCUUUACCAGGGACAAGAUGGCCAUCUCCUUGCCAGUAUGUUGUUCCUGGGAAGCAGAGGGUUCCGCUUCCCACUGGCACUUCCUUAAAAUAAGGGCAAAUGCUAACCUAAACACCCAUUCAGCAUCUCUUCCAUAGCUGCUGUAUACCUUAACGCAAUUGAGUCUUUUUUCUUUCUUUUUUUUGGAAAAGUUUUUAUUAUUAAAAUAAUUAAGCAUUAAUACACACAUAUUGCGAAUAUACAAGCAUACAAACAUACAUUAUCUGCGGGAUUGAGUGUAGGUAUGUUGGAACAUUUUUAAGGAUUGUAUGAAAUGUAACGCAAUUGAGUCUUUUCUCAUAAGAUGCCUCUAGCAUAAAAAUCAGGGUGGCAAUGACAUUCUGCAAAGUUUGCUUGUAGGGAAGCUUUCACCAACUUUACAAACAGGAUAGCUAUGUUGAGGAGAUUCUGCCUGUUGCUUUUGCUCGCACAAAUGCCUAGGGUGACUAAAACUGAAGCUCAACAAAAGAGAUGCUCUUCAAGAUCCUCUUACAAUGGAUACAUGCUUGUUUCCUCUGCGUUCUGUGUGGCGGUGCAGGAUUUUGAGCAAUCAUCAUCCGUAGUUUGGCAUGGCUUCCUGGUUUGUUCAUGUUUAGCACAUCCAAGCUUUUCAAGGAUUUUUACCAGGUUCCUCCUAAACUUCAAACCGAUAAAGAAAUAGAGAACAGGGUUGAGGCAACUGUGGAAAUAAGCAAUGGCUUCCGUUACGAUCAAAGCAUAUUCAAACCGGAAUCCGUUGUCCAUCAUGACACUCUGGUCCGCAGCACGAAUGAGUUUCAAGAUGUUAUAGGGCGUCUGUGUAAAAAUGAACACCACAACAAUGGCAAAUAUUAUUUUUAAGGAUUUCUGCUUGCGGAAGCCCUUCGCGUAGAGUAAAGUUUUUGUGAUGAUUGAGUAGCAAAGAACCAUGACCAGCAUAGGGCAGAAGUAUCCAAGAGUCAUUUGAAUUGCUUCAGUGAGCAUCUGCAAAGAAUUUGAAGGGUAGUCUGCAAUGCAUACCUUUUUGCUAUACUCCUUCUGCGUGCUAAAUAAAAACUGUGGCAAAGCAAAUAGCAAUGAAAGCACCCAAACCAAAAUGCAAACCGUUUUACCCCAGACUAUUCUUUUGGCUUGGCUGAUGUGUGCUUUGGUGGCUUGGACGAUAGCAAAAUACCUGUCAAUGGUUAAGCAGGUGAGGGUUAGCAUGGAACCAUACAGAUUCAAGGUGUAGAGGCCUCGGAUGAUUUGACACGGCAAAGUGUAAAAGAUCCACUCCUUAGCAGCAGAAUAAGCCCAGAAUGGCAAUGUGCAAAGAAAGCACAAGUCAGCUACAGCCAAGCUCACCAGAAAUACAUCCGUCAACACCUUUACUUUUUCAUAGAAGAUAAAAAUGAUGAGAACCAAAGUGUUCCCUGAGACUCCAAAGAUACAGGCAAAUGAAUACAUGCAGACCAGGAAGACACUGCUAAACGCUGUAAACGUCUUGUGUGCGCUUUCAUCGUUCUGAAAUGUGGUGUUGGGGUAUUCAGCAAAAUAAUCAUCAUCGGUAGCCAUGUAGCCUGCUUUCUCAAAUACCUGUAAAACAUACACAUUUGAAAAUUGUCUCAGUAGGUGGAUUGUAAUGUCUCUCUACAUUGCUGCAAAACUCUUAAACUUCACUUGCUCUGUGAUGAAACCACAUAAUCAUUGACAAGGGACACGAUAUAAGCCUUGAUUAUGUACUGCAUAUACCCCCAUCUACGGUUGUGUUUGCCUUAUCUACCACUGAGUGGGGAGGAAGCCCAUGUAAGCUAACUUUUGAGACAUAAGAUGUAGAUUGUAGAUUCAAGCCAGUUUUGCUUGGGCUGAGUUUCUGACUCUUGGAAGUAUUUGUACAGUGGUCCUUUGGUUCUCAAACUUAAUCCAUUCUGAAAGUCUGUUCCAAAACCAAAGCGUUCCAAAACCAAGGCACGCUUUCCCAUAGAAAGUAAUGCAAAAUGGAUUAAUCUGUUCCAGACUUUUAAAAACAACCCUUAAAACAACAAUUUAAAAUAAAUUUUACUAUCUAACGAGACCAUGGAUCCUUAAAGUGAAAGCAAUAAACUGCAGUCACACACACAAUCAAUCAAUCAAUCAAUAGCUGAACUGGGUUCCACACAGUCACAAAAACAAAAAAGAGAGUUGCAAAAACACAAAAUAAAUAGCAAGAACAGACAGACCUCAGCCUAACACUCAAAAUGAAAGUGUGGUACUCAAAUCGGAAGCGUAACACUCAAAACAGAGCACAUUUGGCUUCCAAAAAAAGUUUGCAAACUGGAACACUUCCAGGUUUGCAGUGUUUGGGUUCCUAGUUGUUUGAGUAACAAGGUGUUUGAGAACCAAGGUACCACUGUAUUAAGCAUUGUGCACAGUUUAUUGAAAACCGUCAUUAGCAACAACAGUAAGAUUCCGAUAGACAGCGUGUUUUCCACACUCUGGUUAUCUUGAGGUAGCAGCCCCUGAGCUGCUUUAAACCUCUGUUUUGUAAUAUACUUGUUCAAGGCCUAAAUUCAAAAUUUUAAAUUAAUUUAUGAAGGCCGCAAGACCUGGCAAGAUAGGGGGAUUUUAAAAAAUCUCUUCCAUCCCAAGAAAAGUGAUCAUGUAAACCAGGAGUGAGGAACCUCUAGUCUGUGGACAUCAUUGAUGAGCAGGGAUCAAAGCCUUUUGCAGAAACGCUGUUUGAAGCAACUCAUUCUUUUUAUUUGAGCAAGCAGGUUGUGGCAUCAGUGGUAUUGUGGGUGGGGGGAAGAGCAGUCUCACCCACCCACCCUGCUGUCACCAACACAGAAAUGUGAGCUGCUUCGAACAAUACUUUUGCAAAGGACGUGAAGGCAGCCCCCAUGCUUCCAUUUCUGUCUCCAAGGCUGCUUUAAAGUGUUUUGCAAAAGCACUGUUUGAAGCAGAAGCCACUCUUCUCAUUUAAAGGUGAAAAGGUCUGUUUCAAAGAGCACUUUUGCAAAUGGCUUUAAGGCAGUCCCCACACUGCCAUUUCAGUCUGAAACAGGAGCACAGGGACUAUCUUAAAGCCUCUGCCAGCCUUCCCACACUCCCCUUUUAAACCUCUGAGAUUAGGAGUUUACAGAGAGAGCAGGAGGCAAACUUGCAAAGUUGCACAAAGGAUUUUGACAGGUGGGCAGGGAUUAAUGAACAUCAUUCUGCACUAAAAACUUUUUAAGACCCAGCCAUAAUUAUACACCAAUGAAACCCACAUCCAAGCAAGACUGUAUAAAGUAUGCACAUUUGUAAAGGUAAAGGUGAAGGGACCCCUGACCAUUAGGUCCAGUCGUGGCCGACUCUGAGGUUGCGGAGCUCAUCUCGCUUUAUUGGCCGAGGGAGCCGGCGUACAGCUUCCGGGUCAUGUGGCCAGCAUGACUAAGCCACUUCUGGCGAACCAGAGCAGCGCAUGGAAACGCCAUUUACCUUCCCGCCGGAGCAGUACCUAUUUAUCUACUUGCACUUUGACGUGCUUUCGAACUGCUAGGUUGGCAGGAGCAGGGACCAAGCAACAGGAGUUCACCCCGUUGUGGGGAUUCGAACCGCCGACCUUCUGAUCGACAAGCCCUAGGCUCUGUGGUUUAACCCACAGUGCCACCCGUGUCCCUAAGCACAUUUGUACAUACUGCUUAUUUUUCAAAAUGUACUGCCAGCAGCCUCAGGGAGAAAUCACUGAUAUGCAAGGAACAGAAAUUCUGCCUUUUGUGAGCUGGAACUCCCACCCAUGCAUCCCAUUUCCCUGUUGUUUAGAUUUUGUCAGUCAUAGCCAGUAUCCUUUUAAAAUCUCUUUGAAGUCAUAAAGGCUAGAAACCUAUUUUUUUUAAAAAAACAAACAAACAUGCAGAGCUUCUUAGGAUCCUGAAUUCUGCACAUGAUUCCAUAUUAUGAUCUUGCACAGCACCGGUGCAAAAUUGCAGAACAUACACUGCACUGAUAAUAAAAUUCUUGGGGCAGCAUGCUUAAUCUACUGGGGAUCAAGUAUUGGACUGGACCAAGGUACAUUACUUGGGUUCAAAUCCCCACUCAGCCCCAAAGCUCACUGGUGUUCUUGGACUACUCAGUAUCUCUCGGUCUUACCUAACUCACAGGGUUGUGAAGAUAAAAUUCAGAGGGGGGAAACAACAUAUGCCACCUUGAGUUCCUUGGAGGAGAGGCAGGCUCUAAAUGGAAUAAAUAAAAAAAUUAAUUGAGUCAAACUGUAGGCCACUUAAGUUGCAUGGAGUCUUUGCCUCUUCCCCUUCAUUUUUAUCACAAUUGUCCAUGCACAUUUAGCUGUUCUUUCUUUGACUCCCCAACAUCUUACUCUAGCUACUGUUCUCCAUAUGAUGCCACACAGGCUCAGUAUCACAAGGGGGUUUGGAACUGGGUUGCCAGAAUCCCCUCCUGCCAAGCAGGAGUGGCAAGUCAAUAAGUAAACUGGCCAUCCCCACCAUUUGAAUGGAACUAUUUAAUUGAGGAACAGGCAUUCUAUGGUCUUCCAGACAUAGCUGGACUGCAACUCCCAUUAUCCCUUGACCGUUGGCUGGGGCUGAUGAGAGUUGAAGUCCAUCAACACCUGGAGGGCCACAAGUUCCACAUUCCUGAUUUAACUGGUAGUGUGUCAGGAACGAGCUGGCAGUAAAUCACACUAUGCAAGUUGGAGCUAACUCCUUAUUAGCAAGGACAAGAUCUGAACAAACUUGGCGGAGUCUCAGGCCUGAUGAGAACAGCAGCUCAUCCCUGGAAGGUCUUGCCCCAUGGAUCUGUUGCCCAGAUGGAAAGUCCCUACCUCCUCCCAGCUGUCGUAAGUUCCCUCCUCUUCAGGGUUUUCCCCCAAGCAAUCAGAGCCUGUGCCAACUUCUCUGCCCUUUUCUUGCCUCAUCUGGUUCUGGGAGUCCAGUAGGGAGGACAGCUUGUCGCAGCAAGAGGGGCUCUUCAGCAGCCCAACUCAUCUCUCCCUCUUGGCCUCCCUCCUUCUUCUUCAGCUUCUGCCUCUGAUUCUGGACUUCUGUCUGCCACAGACUCUCCCAGCUCACUAAGCCCUGUUGCCUCUUCAGCUUCUGACACCACCUCCUCCCAGUCGUCUCCCUCUGACCACUCAUUGUCGCCCCACCACCAAUCCCCAGGCUCUGAGUCUUCUUCCCUUGGGGGGUUCCCCAGCUGGUUCCUCCCACCAUUCCUCUGCAUCCAACUGGUCUGUGACACAGUGCCCCAGAUAAUUAUUCUAAUUUGUAUUUGUUGGUGAGGCAUUUGGGAUACCUGUGAGUUAAUGAUAAACGAAUACAUUUCAAUGUUAGCUUCUCUUUACUUGUGUGUCACUUUCUUGAAGUUGAUGGUAUAGAUGACAGGCAAUAAAUUACCAGAGAUAGGAUCUCAUUGCAAGACUAGGCUUUAGAGUUUCAUUUCUUUCAUAGCACAGUGCUUUUCAAACUGCUUUUCAAACACUAGUAAUAGCAAAACCACAGAGUUAUCUGUGACUAAAUAAUACCAGAAAGUAUACUCAUGAAAAGGCAGCUGCAGCCAUCAAUCCCAUGUCAGUAUUGAGUGAAAGGAGCUAAAGAGCCGUACUUCACAAUCCGGGUGUACUUCACAAGCUGUGUUUUCACGAUAACAAAGUUGACCUGGACCCUGAAAGAAACAGCAUUUCCCAAAUCGAGCUAGAAUAUGACUCAUCCACAGAAAAGAAUGUUCAUAUUAAAAGAGUAAAACUAGCAAUCUCAUGGAGCAGAGCCAAACAAUCCCACGGAAAGAAUUUUGUGGGGGUUUGGGGGAAACAGUGGCAAUUUUGUGUUGUUUUGUGCAGUCGUGGUUCCUCCUGAUUGUGUCACAUGGCUAAUAGGAAGCUGCCUAUACCAGGUCAGACUAUCUUCUGUCCAAAAAGUAGCUCUCCAGAGUAUGGAUGUAAGAACACAUCAUUUUCCAUUCCACUCUGUAUUUGCUGCAUGCAACACUGUUUCCAUUUUGCUGCAGUUCAUCUUUUUGCCAAAAACAACAUUAUUUGUCUCCCUGUUCAUUGUGGCAAAAGGACAUAACUUAUAUAAUUUGCACAAAGCCAUUACAUUAUUCCACCCCAUUCAUUUCAAUGCAAAGGAAACAUAAGAAGAGCCUUCUGGAUCAGCCCAACGGCCCAUCUAUUCCAACAUCCUGUUCUCACAGUGGCCAACUACAUGCCUGUGGGAAACCUUCAAGCAGGAUUCAAGCACAAGAACCACUCUUCCCUCCUGUGGUUUCCAGCAGAUGCAAAGGAGGUGGAAAUGUAAUCAGUUACAUAUCGUUGACAGGCUGAAAACAAUGACAGUGAAUGUGCCAGCAAUAUCUGGAAUUGUUUGUGCCUAUCUCUGGUAGAUGGGAAAACUCGAAUAAUAAUAUAUGCCCCAGAAGAUGGUUCAAGUGCCCUAUUGUCUUAACCUGACUCUGUUUGAGUAUAUAAGAUAAACAUAUUUUUUUACAGCAAAACCUCUUGGUAAAGAAAAUUAACCUAUUUCUAACUUGAAAGCUACUUAAGUUAGCUUUCAAGGGGCUUACUAGAGGAACCAACUGGGCCCCGCCACAACCUAAUGUUUACAAAGAUGGGAUAGCUUUCCGUCUGAGGCAAGAGGAGAUAACUACAUACCUUGCAGCAGUCAGUGCAAGAGAUGCGACUCAAAUUCAGAUGUCAGCUCGAGGUAGUGGUGGAUAUGGGUAUUUAUUAGAGCUGCGGCCUCUGGAGUUUCCUUUCAGUGAUUUCUUCGUUUUAUACAUCAAGCAAAACCACAAAGCAGGGUAGAAGAGAGAGUGUUGCCUAUGCUGCCAGGCUAGGGGUAAAAAUAAAGCUAAUAUGUAGAUAUAUAUCCCAAAAUAUGUGCAACCAGGGCUGACCAGUGCAUGGUCAGUUGAUGUUACUUUGGCACCUGAGGCAAAAUAAAAAUAAAAAUCACACUGCCUGCCUGGCAGUAAAAAUAAAAUAAUAAAUAACUAAGCAUCUGCUGCCCUUUCAUGACACCCAAAAUCACCUGCCUGAGGUGGCUGCCUCCCUCUGUCUCUUUAUUGCAGUCAGUGAGCUGUAUUCAGAAAGAAACUCUUCGCAAAUAUAAAAAAAAAAUGCAAAAUAAUACCAAACAAAAUAGAGAACUGUAGCAAUAAAAUUACUAGUGCUGUAGAAUGCCAGACGUAGAGGAUAAAAUUAUGAGUUUGCUCAAAUUAGCCCCCGGCAAGUUUUACAUGAAGCAGCGCAAUAUUUCGCCAUCCUGAAAGUGUCAACUGCGUCAGGUUCUCAGCGCUUGCUUAGAACUUCCUCACACUGGCUUUUCCUGAAGUGUGAGCCUAGCUACUUUGCGCAGCCAUCCCCAAGCUAGAACAGUGAGACGGAGCGCUGCGCAGCGCUCCGCCUCUCUGUUCUGGCUUCAGGGACGGCCAUUGAAGCCUCCGCAGGGCAGCAGGGUGCCUUCACCCCACUGCCCUGCGGAGGCUUUGCGCAGCUAACCCCAAGCUAGAACAGCGAGACGGAGCACUGUGCGGCGCUCCUUCUCCCUGUUCUGGCUUUGGGCUUAGCUGCGCAGCCUGCAUUCACUCUAUAGGACGCACACACAUUUCCCCUUAAUUUUUGGAGGGGAAAAAGUGCGUCCUAUAGAGCGAAAAAUACGGUAAAUAAAUGAAUGAAUAAAGGUACAGCUGAAUGAAUAAAGGGACAUGGGUGGCGCUGUGGGUUAAACCACAGAGCCUAGGACUUGCCGAUCAGAAGGUCGGUGGUUUGAAUCCCCGUGACGACAGGGUGAGCUCCCGUUGCUCGGUCCCUGCUCCUGCCAACCUAGCAGUUCGAAAGCAUGCCAGUGCAAGUAGGUAAAUAGGUACCACUCCGGCGGGAAGGUAAACAGCGUUUCCGUGCGCUGCUCUGGUUCGCCAGAAGUGGUUUAGUCAUGCUGGCCACAUGACUGUACGCCAGCUCCCUCGGCCAAUAAAGCAAGAUGAGCGCCGCAAUCCCAGAGUCGGUCACGACUGGACCUAAUGGUCAGGGGUCCCUUUACCUUUAAUUCUCUCUCCAUUCAGUAGAGAUUACAGCCAUGCCAUUUAGCAUUCAGGUACAAGCGUGUAAGGGCCCUUUCAGAAGAGCUAUCCAUCUGUAAACUGCAUUUACUCAUGAACGCAUGAAAGAGGCAGUCAUUGUUUUAUGAUGACAGCAUGUAGGAGCUGAGGCAAGAUCCCUGUAAUGUAUGCUCAGUACUUAUUAUUUAUUUUAUUCCAAGGAUUUACAGUCUAUACUGCUUCUCAGCAGAAAAAGAUCACAGAGUUGUUUAUGGUACAUAUGUGGCUGAAACAAUAUAUAUUGUAGGAAAACUGUAGCUGUACAUGAUAGAUAGACUGAUAAGAGAGAUAACUUAUCACAUCCUUUUCAAUGUAAUGGAAAACUGAACUACAUGAUGCACAUGGUUGGAUGAAAAAGAUAUCCUGUGGACUUGCUUAUGAAUGGGUUUUUUGUGGGGUGGUGGUGGAUGAAUUUAUAAGAUCAAAGCCUGUGAGAGAACCUAAACAGAGUUGGGAAAGCACCACAGGAAAAUUGAAAUGUUUAACGCUUUAUUCCCAGGCAGGUUUUCCUGUUUAAAUCUCCACCUGGCAGGGUUACUAUUUGUCCCACAGGUUUUUCUCAGCAGAGCAAAUAGCAGGGGGUUUUUUUUGAGAUGGGUGGGGAUAAGAUUGGGAAAAUAACAUUGGUUAAACACCCUGUCCCACACCACUUACCAUUCGUUCCCUGGUCCUUUAGGGAUCCUCCACCCUGCUUUGAUCUAAAUAAUAAUAAUCUACGAUCUUUUUAUGACUCUCCAGACACCACAAAAAUAUAACUGCAUGUAGCUUGCUUUCAAAAUGCUGGCGUGUUUUAGGGAUUUGUUUUGGCACAAGUUAAUGUAUUGUUGGUUAUGUUUUCAUUGGUCUUUUGAAAAGGAUUCCAGUGUUUCCUGCUCCUCAAAAUGACUGGAUCAGGCUUUAAAGGACUUUCAGCUACCUCUUGAAGCAUUCGUUGAGGUGUUUGCUCCUGAUGAACCAUCUUUCUGCUCAAAAGGCGCUGAGAUCAGCCUGGCGCAAGUUGUUAAAAUCACUUUUGUCCCUGUUGAUUUUGUCUUCUCCUUAUUUUAGGGGCAAGGCUGCAUGCUUACACUACCCAGUCGUCUUUGUCCAUGCAGUACGAGAGCUGUUGUAGUGUAAUGGCUAGCAGUGCAGUCUUAUACACACUUUCUUUGAUUCUUUCUGAUGGAAAAAGCGGUAGAGGCAACUCCCCAAAGGUAAAGGUAAAGGGACCCCUGACAGUUAGGUCCAGUCGUGACCAACUCUGGGGCUGCGGCGCUCAUCUCGCUUUAUCGGCCGAGGGAGCCAGCGUACAGCUUCCGGGUCAUGUGGCCAGCAUGACUAAGCUGCUUCUGGCAAACCAGAGCAAUGCACGGAAACGCCGUUUACCUUCCCGCCGGAGUGGUACCUAUUUAUCUACUUGCACUUUGACGUGCUUUCGAACUGCUAGGUUGGCAGGAGCAGGGACCAAGCAACGGGAGCUCACCCCGUCACGGGGAUUCGAACCGCCGACCUUCUGAUCGGCAAGUCCUAGGCUCUGUGGUUUAACCCACAGUGCCACCCACGUCCCACAACUCCCCAUUUACGCACGUCAACUUGAUGCCUGAUUGUGCCGAACCUGGGAGUGAAUUUUAAAAUUGCAAAAAUGGCCCUAGUAGAGCCCAGAAGGGGCAAAAAAAAAUGUGGGAAAACAACGCCUAACAAUCCCAUGAACCUUUGCAAGUGCAAUCCCAGCCCUUGCACUGACCAUUGAGGCCUAUGGAGAGUUGACGUUUGAGCAAGGAGGUUUAGAGGGUGGAGCAGACUCCCCCCCAUAGUGCCCCUAUUUUCCAGGGACGGUCCUGGAUUUACAGAUGCUGUCCUGGUUUCUGAUUUUAUUCCGGAAUGCCCCACUUUUACUUAGGGGGUCCCUAUUUUCAUGUUGGAGGGUGUGGAGUUAUGCGACUCCUGAGCCAAGGAGAUAAGUAACUAUACAACCUUUAGAAGGCACCUUCAGAAGGCAUCUGAAAGCAGCCCUGUAUAGGGAAAGUUUUUGCAAUGUUUUUUAAUGUUUUUAUAUAUGUUGGAAGCCACCCAGAGUGACUGGGGCAACCCAGUCAGAUGGGCAGGAUAUUAAUAAUAGAAUUAUUAUGAUGAUUAUUAUGGAAUAGGACUUCCCUAUUUAUCAGAGAAAUGUGGGAGGGUAUGUGGAGUUUGGCAUCUGGUAACUGCUGCUGUUUUUUUAAGGGGUUUUCAGGGGUUUCCAGAUAUUUAUAGGGUGUUUGCAGGCUUUUCCAAUGGUUUUUCAAAUAUAUGUGAUUUCCCUCACACAUGCAGUACCUCGGAACAUAACCCCCACAUAAAUUGGGAGUUGCCUGUGUAUUAAAGACAUGAUGAAGAAAUGCAUCAAAACCUAUUUUUGUAUAGAGCAGCAUUCAGUUAUUCCAAGCUGUUUGAACUCUAAAGUUAUACAGCCCAGACAAAGGUUUGCUACCUCAAGCAGGAUUAGGCCUAAGAUAAACCAUAGUGCUGACCUACUUUUCUGCAGUGAAACAUAUCACAUUUGAUCUGUUUCCUUUGACACGGCUGGUUUUUUAAAUGUAAAAGCCACAAAAAACCCACAGACUAAGAUGAUUGUUAUCUGUUCUUCUAAAUUGUUUAAGUCUUGCUUUUUUUAGCUAAGGUGUGCAAAAUGACUAAAAAGUGUUCAGAUACCUUGAAGGCCUUACUAGUAAAAAAAAGGGGGGGGUAAAGGACCCCUGAACAGUUAAGCCCAGUCAAAGGCAACUAUGGGGUUGCGGCGCUCAUCUCGCUUUCAGGCCAAGGGAGCCAGCGUUUGUCCACAGACAGUUUUCCAGGUCAUAUGGCCAGCAUGACUAAACUGCUACUGGCACAAUGGAACACUGUGACAGAAACCAGAGUGCACGGAAACGCCGUUUACCUUCCCGUCGCAGCCGUACCUAUUUAUCUACUUGCACUGGCAUGCUUUCGAAUUGCUAGGUUGGCAGGAGCUGGGACAGAGCAAUGGGAGCUCAUCCCGUCAUGGGGAUUCGAACCGCCAACCUUCUGAUUAGCAAGCCCAAGACGCUCAGUGGUUUAGACCACAGCACCACCCGCAUCCCUGCCUUACUCAUUCCCCAAAGAUCUUUCAGUAUCAAGCACAGUAUGAGUACAUCAUGCAGAUUAUCUGAUUAAGGCAGACAGAGGGAAAUAUUGCCAAAAAUUGACUCAUGUCAGCUGUCAUGUACUGACAUGCCAGCUACAUGUGAAAAUGUGAGUGCACUGCAAACUAGCUGUCAAACAUUGACUGCUACUGCAUUCUUUACAGAUAGCAAAUGCUGAUGGUAAAGGUAAAGGGACCCCUGACCAUUAGGUCCAGUCGUGGCCGACUCUGGGGUUGCGGCACUCAUCUCGCUUUAUUGGCCGAGGGAGCUGGCGUACAGCUUCUGGGUCAUGUGGCCAGCAUGACUAAGCCGCUUCUGGCGAACCAGAGCAGCGUGCGGAAACGCCGUUUACCUUCCCGCCGGAGUGGUACCGAUUUAUCUACUUGCACUUUGAUGCUGAUGCUCAAUAUCAAAUACUCACUGAAUCUUUGCACAUCCAGAGAUUAUAUAGAGCAGUAUUUCCCAAAGGGUGUAAAUCAGUGCUCAAGCAUGAGGGCAGAAAACUUUAAUCCUUUAUCCCAUGUGAGGGUCCCAAUCCAGAUUGGGUAGCCCCUGUGCUGGCAACCUGCAUGUAAAAAUCAUCUCCCAUUCAAUGGGAGCUUUCUCCUAUAGAAACUGCUAGCACGGGGUGUGGGUAUGUGAUCCAGAUUAGGACCACAGCGAAGUCAUUAAAGCCCCCAAAAUUCCCACAGGUAUGUGUUUGCUCAUAGAGGUCUUUUCCCCCCUGCCAGGAUCCACUCCCCCUGCCAAAAUUAGGCUUGAAGAAAGCAUUUUACUGUAGUUUGUAGAAUAGGUUGCAGUGUGGGCUUCAUUUGUAAAUGGACCAGUUCAUCUAUGUGAAGCUGUUCUGACAGCUAUUUAAAGUGCCAUGCAACAAGAUACAUUGACUGUCUUGAAGGAGUCUGUUUUUCGUUAGAACCAGAAAGCCUAGUUUAUCAAAGAUUUUAAUGAAGAUUAUUUUGUGCACAGGUGGACUGUGUGGGUUCUGCAGCCUUGUGAGGGCAUAUGUCGCAGCAAACAAAUGGUGAUGGGGAGAUAUUCAUCCCCAAACAUUCAGGAACACACAAGGGAGAUGUGAUUGGGAGCCAGAAUUGGUUCCACAUUGUAUAAACUGCCUCAGAGGAACUAGCCAUCUAAGAGCAAGAAAUGUGUGAAAAUCAGUGUGCAAACUAAGGCACCUUAGUAAUCCACUGCCAUCUAGUGAUGCUACAGCUAAUCUGCUUUUUAAGUCAAAUGGGUAAAAAUCUAUUGAAGUGGAUUGUUUCAUGCAAUGUUCUCGCCCCGCCCCAGAAAUGGAUUUAUUUCACAAACAUUCUUACGAAUAUUCAAAAUUGUAGUGACCAAACACAAUAGUUUGAUUACUGCAGACACUGGUGGACAAGAACCAACACAAAUUACCACCACACUGUAAGUGCCUGUGGCCUCUUUGCGAUAAGAAGCUUUUAUGGGAUAUCAGAAAAACUCAAGUUGUCCUAUGCAAAGUGUACAGUAUUCCUGGAACUAACAAAUCAUGUUCCUUCCUAUUAGUAACACAGCCAAUAUAGAUCAACUGUGUGUUGCAAAAAAAUAAUUUAGUCUUAGCACUAGACUCCAUGGUUUUUUGUCUAUGAGAGUAUGUUUUAUGCAGUGUUAAUUAAGGAGUUUGCAUUACUAUAGUGAAAUUUUAUCAGGGUGCUUCCACACAGUGUGUGUGGGAGAGGGGUGGAGUGGGGAUGGAUUGCAGCAUCAGUUUUUCCAGUGUGGAAAAGCCCUAUUAAGGUGUUUCUGGCUUCCUGUGCCUUUAAACUGAACACUUCCUUUUUGCAAAUUCAGACCGUUAUUGUAUUCUGUUGAUCCAGGCUGCAACAAUUACUGAUGAAUAAACUGCUCUUUGGGAGGGAGGUUUUACUGCUUAUUUCCUUUCAUUAGGAUUUCCCCAAAGAAACUAGUCAGCCCUGUAGUCUAGCUAACAAAUAUACUUUGGUUUGAUCCACUGUCUUUAUGGGUGCAAUCCUAUACAUGUGGGAGUAAACUACACUGGAUUCAGUGGACCUACUUUUCAGUAGACAUGUAUAGUAGGAUUGUACUGUAGAGUUCUAGCCAUCCUUUCUACCAGAUGGGGUCUAGGUCAGUUUAAGAAAGUCAUAAAAUUCAAUUGUGAAAGCUGGAUAUAUUUUGGAGCUAUGGAAUUUCCUCCUUAGAGAGGCCCAACUGUUGAUACAUUCUGCUAUUGCCAUUUUCUUGUUUUUUUUAGGUUUGUCAUUUGAUACAUUUUUAAUUCAACUUGGUUUUGUGCUUUGAAAAUAUGUAUUGUAAUCUACUGCAUAUUUGAGUCCGGGCAUAAAUAUUUUAAAUAAACAUUAAAGAUUGCUCUGUACCAUUUUGAAGAAUGUUUAAUGAUCUCCUUUAUCCCUUUGCCUCAGAAACAGCACCUAUAAUUCCUCAACUUUUGAUGAGACUGACGACUUGCAAAUGGCCCAGGAUGCAGAGAUAUGCUUGCUGAAGUCAGGAGAACUGAUGUAAGCAAAAUCCAUUGUUUAGUCUUUAAUUAUUUUUUUAAAAAAUCAACGGUGCAGUCCUAUACAUUCUGCUCAAACGUAAGCCACAUUGAGUUCAGUGGAGUUCACUCCAAGUAGGUGAGCAAAGCUCACAUUUGUGUCACAGAUUUUGGCUGCAUGGAGUCCCCUUUCCUUUCUAUUUCUUUCUCUUUUUGAAGAAAAAGCCAACGGAGGGAUGAAUUGGAUAUGAGGUAAAAAAAAUAUUCUGAGGUGAAAAAAUCUGAAACUCUAAAGGGGGUUCCCUUAUUGCUGUCGCUCAGGUGGUAGUUGUUUUUUUUUUUUUAAAUUAAUCUAAGAAAAGAGCCUUAGCCCCAUACCUGAACCACACAGAAGCACAAAGUUUCCCUUUUUGGGAGCAGGGCUCACAGACUCUGCAAGUUUCUGAAGUUUCUGUGGAGGUAUAGAUCCCAUGAAUUGGAUAUCCCAUCAAUUAAUUUCAGUGAGUCUGCUCUGAGUAAGCUGAAUGCAACCCAGUAUUUGUAACUGCACAGAGGCCAUGAGGAACAACUAUGUUUUCCUUUCACAUCAUGUGGGUCUCACUGAGAAAACAUAAAGGAAACACGCAAUGGGCUCCCUUAGAUUUGUAUAUUGUAAAAGUGGCAUUGAGUUUGAGAUUCACAGUGGACAAAUGUUUCUGCAGUAAAGAAUGUACAAAAAGUACAUGUACACUCAGAGCCCAUGUGUCAUGUGCGUCAUCAAAUCAGAUACAGUUCUGUCAUGUGUUCUUUUGUUUUCUUCAGGCUAAGACUGCCUCUAACCGUGGAGGAAAUUCUAAAGUUUGGAGAAGCUAACAGAGAACUGUUCAUUAAGUCAAAUACUUACAGCGUUAUUCCCAUCACUGUGAAGGAAAGUGGCCUUACAAUAAGUUGGGUAUUUUCAUCAGACCCCAAAAGCAUAUCGUUCAGCGUGGUAUACCAAGAAUCAGAAGAUUCUCCUCUGGAUCAGUGUAAAGUAAGGCAACUUCUUCAUAGGGGUGAUGUCCACCCUAGAGUGAACUCAAAUGUGAAAUUGCUGAUCUUCUAACAAAAAUAUGUAACUUGCCCCUCAGAUCAGCUUUCAUAACUAAAAUGUAGCCAAUGUAACAGCAAUUUUUACAAUGGGAACUGGGGGAGAGGGACAGUCCUGGAAGUUACAAGCUGGUUAGCUUAACUUCUGUCCCAGGAAAACUGGUGGGAAGUAUUGUUAAAUGUAAAAUAACCAAGCAUAUAGAAAAACAAGCCUUGCUGGAACAUGAGACAGGUCUUAUGAACCUGUUAGUUCUUUGAUAGUGUUAACAGAUAGAGGUGAAGCAACUGGCAUAGCGUACGUGGACUUUCAAAAAGCUUUUUAACUUUUUCAUAAACCAUCUAGAGGUAGGGGUUCCCUCCAUUCAAAGGCCUCAAAAGACUUCCUUUAUCAAGUUGCUGCAAAAUAUACACAUAAUCUGUUAAUUAUUAACUUAAUUGAUACAAACCAUGCCUUUUAAAGAGAUCUUUAUUCAUUUGACCAUGGCAAAGUUCCUGUAGACAAAUUUUGUUCUGGUGUUUCUCUUGCAGGUUCUUAUACCCAUGAUCCGGUGCAAUUCCCAUAAGGAAACCAUCAGAGGGCAGGUGAAAGUCAGAAAUACUGGUAUCUACAUCCUCAUAUUUGACAACACUUUUUCUAGGUAGGUGCAGCUGGAGUAGGUGAAGUGGAAUGAGCUGCCAUUUGUAGCAUUUUGUGUGUUCUGUUUCUGAAGGGGAUGCAAAAGGCAUGCUCCUUAUUCUCUCUGAAGCCUUGUGGUUCAAAUUCAGUGCUGAAUGCAAUCCCCACACCUUUCAGCAGGAAUUGGAUCACGGCACUCCUGAGUGGAACCAAUCUCAGUGGCGCCUGCAUUUCAGCACCAGAUUUUAAACAGUGCCAAAUGCAUGUCCCACUGCAAAGGGACAAUCAGGAGUGCACUCAUGACAUCAUGAUAUGACAUCAGGUGAGUGACUGCAGGGUGGGGGUGGCCAGCCAAAAACUGCCACGGGGGCCAAAUUGGGCAGUCUGGCUUCUUCUUUUUUAUUUCACAAAUAGAGCCCACUUUAAACUUGACUUUCCACACCUAGCACAUGUAUGCACUGUCCUUGUAAGCAACCCUACUAUCUUCCAUCUGCAUUAGUUGACAGAGCAUAAUAGAAAGCAACCUGGUAUCCUCACACUGUUCCUCCCAAAAUGCAUUGCUUCCUCUCACUAGAUGCCUCGUCAAGUUUGAGCAUGCUCAUAGGUAUACACUUUCUUCAUCUGCAUACACAUGCACACAGUUUAGGCUCAGCUAAUGUUUCGGCUGUUGCUUUUUCCCAACAGGUUUAUCUCAAAAAACGUCUUUUACCACUUAUCUGUUCAGCGCCCAGUGAUCUACGAUGGAAGCGAUUUUCCAGAUCCUUGAAUGUAAUAUUUAUAUACUGUAUGUUUUCAAUUUAUAUUUUUAAGAGACACUAUUAUUUAUAUACACAUAAGCACUAAAAUCAAAGAUGUGUUGGGAGCCCUCAUAAGUCAUGCAAUAAUUCUGAAACCACGAUUACAUGUAAAUGUAGAUAUAAAGGAACAUAACUUUCAAUAGGAACACUAAUGAUUCUGGACUGCAGGUGCUUGUUCAAAAGCCAUUUUGUUUAUUUAAACAACCUAAGCUAUGCAAUGCUGCAUUUGAUGCAAAAUUGUUCAUAAUCCGGAUACGCAUUGUAAAAAGGGCUAAGAAACAGGACAUCUGCUUUUGAUUUAUUCAGGGCCAACCAAGAUGUGAUGUUUCUUAUAUAGUUUGGUUCCCUAUUGUGUUUUCUUUACUUUAACCAAUAGGUAGUGGUGAGAGCAAGGGAGACAGAUCAGGACCAUGGAAUGGGGGAGGGUAAGGUUUAACCCUUUGUUUUCACUGUGGUCCCAAUAAGAAUCUCCACACACACAUAUGUGCCAGCUAUUUUCAUAAUGAGAAGAAAGCUUACGCUGGAAACAUAUAUAUAUAUAACUAUUUUUAUAUGUCGCUGCUUCUGCGUCUCAUUUUUUUAAAAAAAUGCUGCAAAAGGAAUGAAAUUCAAAUUCAAUUCUGCAAAAUCAUAGUAUCUUUUAACAUGGACUGAUUUACUCCAGUCAACCUUUCUAUGCAGGAAGAAAGUGAUUAGACAGAUUUUGUUGCUGUUUGGUCACAUACUACACAUGGCAGGAAAAUGACUCUAGAUGACGUGCCUAUUUAACUUGUUUGCAGUCUUCAUAAAAGUCUGCUUACAUUAAUCUGUGCCUUAAUGAGGAAAUUCACCUGCUUGAUCUUGGUCCUUUGUGGUAAAGGUCAUUUUGUAACUUCAUUGGUACUUGAAGCCUAAAUGUGUCGUGUGGAAGUGACUUGCACUGAUUUCAGUGAGAUAAAUUAUUUCCCACUGAUGCAUGUAGCAGAAGCCAGCUUUGGAAUUAGUAAAAGGAAACCUUUAUUUUUAAACUGCAGCAUAUUCACAAGGGGUUUCUUUUCCUAAAUUCAUUUUACCAUUUCAUAAUUUAGUAAAAAUCUAUCCAGUAAUAGUGCAUAAUAUGGCCAUGAAAAUCAUAUCUGCAGAAUAUUUCCUUAAAGCACUUGUUUUUAUAGACACAAUUUUUAGUUUCUAUUUUUUAAGUGAAGAAUAAAAACAAGACUCAACAUGACUACCUCCCAUACUGACAAAACUUUGUGUAAUAUUACCAAGACAACAAACACUACCUUAGCCUAAUUCUAAAACUAUGAAUGCUUAAAAUCAACAAACACAAAAGUUGCACCAGUGUUUUAUUUUGCCACUGCUGGCCAAAUACACUGAUGAAAAUUAUUAGGACUGGCGUAUAUGACAGCAAUAGAGAGAGGAAUAUGAACCAUAGGGAUACAAGAUGUGUAGUAAUAAUUUCACAUAACUGCAAGAGUAGAAGGAAGUAUUGGGGUGAAUGUUUUAAGAUAUGCCACUACAAAUAAAAUUGGUCAGACAUGGAAAUCACUGAAAUAACAGCCAGUUAAUUAUUUCAACUAUUCUUGCAUCAGGAGCAGUUGAAAUAGGAACUGCUGAUACAAAAGACAAAAAAUGCCUGAGUUUGAAUCCUAGAUAAAUCUACUGAAAAAGUAAGUUCUAUUGAUUUAAUGAUGCUUAUUCCCAGGUGAGUAUAGGAUUGCAGUUUACAAAUAUUUUGUGUCUGAAAAUAAGUGAGAAUAACUUGAGACUUUAAAAAUUGCUUUAUUUCACAGAUAUUUUCAGGGAAACACAAAAUGCUUUCCUUCUAUUUUUGUAAGAAGCAAGCUACUCCCCACCCCAUUUUCCCCCAAAGUAACUUUUUUUGAAACUUUUUCUGGCAAGAAUUAUCAUAGGAGUGAAGGCAUUCCUGCCAUAGAUAAUCAGUAUUGAUGAAUUUAUUAUUGCCCACAGUAGACAUUGAGAAAUUUAGACACUUUCUUCUGAACACUAUUAAACUGCAGUGCCAAGGUCAAUGUUUCUAUGACAAUAGGGGAACUAUGGAUAUGUAAUGAAAUUUGUGAAAAAACUAAGUAGAGGGAGGUACCUUAUUAAGGAAUUAUUUGUAUGAUCUAGAUAAGACCUUCUACGUUACAACAGCCAGGAUAUUUAGGACAGGGCCCUACUUGAGAUUGCCUAACACAUCUGUUAAGCCUAGUAUCUCUUCCCCAUGCUGAAACUUUAAGAAAGUGUGCAAUAUGUGCUGUAGGAAAGACUUAAGCUGUUUUACACUCUAGAUUCCUUCAAUUAAGAGAGCAACCAAUUAAAAAAACGGUUUUUGCAUCUGUAAAUGUUUUGGCAUCCUGUCUAGUCCUUUAAAAAAAAGGAAUGAAUUAAGACUAAGUUACUUGCAGUUGCUUCCAACUGAAAUCAGUGGAACUUUAGUCAUUACUAACUUUUCACACUGUUUUCAAUUAGACAUAUGUGCAACUAAUUUAGAUUGAAUCCAACUCAAUGAUUCAUGGUGGGGAAAGGAGAAAGGAGCUAAAUUGUCCGGGGAUGAAAGUUACUAUAGCACAGUUAUAGUAGCUUGGCUCCAUCCAUAAUAUGUUUUAGCCGAGUACAUAUCACAUUGCCAGCUAUUCUCCUGCUCCACAUCUUUACUAUCCCCUUAUGUACAGUACUUGUUCUGUCAGUUAAGGCUGUGUGAUACAGGAAUAGCGGCUUAGUUAAAUUGUAUGGCAACAUUAUGCAAAUACUUGUGCAGAUUUGGGUGGUGGGCUAUAUCAGUGCCACAGAGAAGCAGUGGUGGUGUUCAUUAUACAACUCCCCUCCUCCAUGUAUAUUGCAGGUAUAGUUUCAUACAGAUCUGUGCGAUGCCUGACACGGUUGAGAUGAAAUUGUAGAAGGAAAUGAAAAAGUAGAAGCAAUAUGGUAUAUAUUGUGCAUUUGCCAUUUCAUUAUUGAAUGGUGUUAUUAUUUAAGGGCUAGGGGUGUAUUGUUUUGAAUUGAGAAGCAUUGCGAAUUUAAUGUUAAAAGUUGAAAUGCUGUUUGCCAUGGACUGUGCAAUAUAAAAUGGAUUUUGAACUGAAAUCCACUUAAUAUUUUAGCUCUGGUUUUCCAUUCUAUUUUGCUGUGGUUUGGGGAUAGAAUGCUUUUUUUAAUGUUCUUUGUAUUUUAAAUUAAUAUGAAAGGGAUACUGUCAAAUGCUAUAUUUCAGAUUUAUGACUUUGAAUAUACAUAAUUGUUUGAAGAACAAGACAUCUGUUAUUUGUAUUUACUUUAUAGCUUUGGUUUCCAGUUACUAUGUUUUUCAACUGAGGGUUGAAUCCAGAGAACUUUUACCCUACAGAGGACCUUUCUCCCGCUGAGAAACUUGAUUCCUUCUUCAGAAGAAACUUGUCUGGAUUCAAACCCAAGAAUAUUUGUUUCGUGGGGCUCACUGAAAGCUCAUCAGCAUAAAUGAGAACACAUACUUACUGCAUUUCAUUUCAGUUUGUUCCUCAUACCAAUACUAGUCUUUACACAUUUCUCUGACCCAUUGCAAGCUCAAUUAUGUUUCCCCGACCCUUAACAUUGCACUUACACACAUGCACGAAUGCAUCCAAUAGGAGCUUUGAUGUGGUACCACAAACCAAACAUGAGAUGAUGUCAUGUCCAAGCUUCUAUAAGGUCAGAAAGAACUCUCAGCUCAGAGUAUUGGAAGCCUCAUUUAGAGGUGAAGCCUAAAAUUGUCCCCAGGCCCCUGACAGCAGUAUCACCUUUGGAUCAUGAGCAGAGAAGCCCAUCCAGAUGCUGCCGCCGCCUCCAGAGUUUUGGCAAAAGGGAAUGAAGUCGUUCACAGUUCUAUUUAAACUUUUCAAAAUAGAACUUUACAGUUCAUCUCACCAUCUCUAGGCUGAGCAUAGGCAAAAUACAUAAAACAGAAAGUAAAUUAUGUAGCUGCACUAUCAUACGUAAAGGUUAUCCCCCAAAAACCAUAGUCCAAACAAUUCACAAUAAAUCACUUUGUGAAGGUAAAGAUGCUGAAAAUGGAAGCUACACAAUAGUUCAGUUCAUCACCCCGGGCAAACAUUGUGGCUGAUGAAUAACUGGUUGUUAUUUAUGCAUAUCCAUCAUAAAUCUUAGCAAUCCAUUUUUAUUUAUUAGUGGCAAUGCUCAUUUACUGUGUUGCAGUAUCGCUAAUAACAAACCACAUUUCAGCUAUUCACAAGUCUCUUUAGGUAUGGUCCUGGAAAUAAAGUUUUAAUACUAUUCACACUUACCAAGGAGUAAGCCACACUGAACAGAAUGGAACUUCUGAGUAAACAUGCAGAGGACUGUACACCAAAUAUUGUUAUCUCUUUAGUAAUGUAUUUGCUUGCAUAGUAGGAUCUACCACACUAACAAGGUUUGCAGAGGCAGGUUUACCUGCACAAAGAACAAAACAGAAUUUAGCUGGGGUUUGGUUUGGUUUUCAAAAAUUUUGUCCAUUUGUGUUUCUCUACUUAUUAAUGAAGAUUGGUUUAUUAACCUGAAAGCUGCUGUGUACAAAAGAGAGGGGGAGAGAGAGGCUCCGUAAAGAAAGCAAAAUUGACCAGUGACAGCAUUCAAUUGGAUAUUUUGUUUUGUAAUUGAAAUCAGUGUAGUUUUAGUUAUUUAUUUAAAAUUUUUAAAAAAUUGUACCUGCAAAAAUAUAUUGUGCACUGGAAUGACACCAAACCUCAACUGAUCUAACACAGGCCAAACCUCCCC